CUUAUUGCAGGUGCCUUUGGCCUUAUCCCCCUGUGAGCCCCUGCUAACCCACAUUAAACCCUACCAAUUGCACACGCUGAAGUGCACACUCUGGAGAAGUCCACUCUUCUCACAGUAGUCCAUACUUCUCAUUGAGAGAUGAAGACGUGCGUCCCACUACUGAUGGCUGUGCUGCCUAUCAUACAGGCAGGUCAGUACUGCACCUAUUACAGCUCUUAUGAAUGUUAUGACUGUGUUAUGACAGGUAUUAGAGAGGUAUUAGGGGUUUAUGACAGGUCAGUACUGCACCUAUUACAGCUCUUAUGAAUGUUAUGACUGUGUUAUGACAGGUAUUAGAGAGGUAUUAGGGGUUUACGACAGGUCAGUACUGCACCUAUUACAGCUCUUAUGAAUGUUAUGACUGUGUUAUGACAGGUAUUAGAGAGGUAUUAGGGGUUUACGACAGGUCAGUACUGCAGCUAUUACAGCUCUUAUGAAUGUUAUGACUGUGUUAUGACAGGUAUUAGAGAGGUAUUAGGGGUUUACGACAGGUCAGUACUGCAGCUAUUACAGCUCUUAUGAAUGUUAUGACUGUGUUAUGACAGGUAUUAGAGAGGUAUUAGGGGUUUACGACAGGUCAGUACUGCAGCUAUUACAGCUCUUAUGAAUGUUAUGACUGUGUAAUGACAGGUAUUAGUGGUUUAGGACAGGUAAUUCAGCUGUUAUUACAGGCAUGAGACUAUGAUCUGAAGUCAGAAUACCGCCCCAAGUCCACCAUAUAGUCACUAGAGUUGCUUGAGUUAUAAUGGGUAGAGUUUUCUGUAGUGGAAUAUAGCCCUGGUAGAGGGUAGAGGGUAGAGUUCUCUGUAGUGGAAUAUAGCCCUGGUAGAGGGUAGAGUUCUCUGUAGUGGAAUAUAGCCCUGGUAGAGGGUAGAGUUCUCUGUAGUGGAAUAUAGCCCUGGUAGAGGGUAGAGUUCUCUGUAGUGGAAUAUAGCCCUGGUAGAGGGUAGAGUUUGCUGUUGUGGAAUAUAGCCCUGGUAGAGGGUAGAGUUCUCUGUAGUGGAAUAUAGCCCUGGUAGAGGGUAGAGUUCUCUGUAGUGGAAUAUAGCCCUGGUAGAGGGUAGAGUUCUCUGUAGUGGAAUAUAGCCCUGGUAAAGGGUAGAGUUUUCUGUUGUGGAAUAUAGCCCUGGUAGAGGGUAGAGUUCUCUGUAGUGGAAUAUAGCCCUAUUAGAGGGUAGAGUUUUCUGUUGUGGAAUAUAGCCCUGGUAAAGGUUAGAUUAUUCUGUAGUGGAACAUAGCCCUGGUAGAGGGUAGAGUUUUCUGUAGUGGAACAUAGCCCUGGUAAAGGGUAGAUUAUUCUGUAGUGGAACAUAGCCCUGGUAAAGGGUAGAUUAUUAUGUAGUGGAACAUAGCCCUGGUAAAGGGUAGAUUAUUCUGUAGUGGAACAUAGCCCUGGUAAAGGGUAGAUUAUUCUGUAGUGGAACAUAGCCCUGGUAAAGGGUAGAUUAUUCUGUAGUGGAACAUAGCCCUGGUAAAGGGUAGAUUAUUCUGUAGUGGAACAUAGCCCUGGUAAAGGGUAGAUUAUUCUGUAGUGGAACAUAGCCCUGACUAGCUGCAGAAUGGCUAUUUUUAGGUCCUUGACCUUUGUAGUUGUGUAGGAUGGAGAGAGAGAGAGAUGAAGGAUAAAUGGAUGGAGAGAGAUGAAGGGAGGAAGAGAGAUGAAGGGAGGAAGAGAGAUGAAGGGAGGAAGAGAGAUGAAGGGAGGCAGAGAAAUAGAAGGAGAGGUUAGGAGGUGGAGGGAGAAUGACUGAGAAGGAUGGAGGGGGUGAAAUGGAAGGAGAGAGAGGGAAAGAACGAGGGAGUGAGAGGGAUGGGGAGGGUUUGGAAGAGAGGUAAGGAGAGGUAAGGAGAGGGAAAGAGGGAGGGAGAGAGGAGGAGGGAGGGAGAGAGGAGGAGGGAGUGAGAGAGGAGGAGGAAGUAGGUCAGUCUGAGCGAUUGAAGGUAUAACUGUGUCUGCCACUUGUGAGGAAAGGAGAGUGGACCUCCUUCUCCGUGUGUGUGUGUGUGCGUGCGUGCGUGCGUGCGUGCGUGUGUGCGUGCGUGCGUGCGUGUGUGUGUGGCAGGGCAGCCUCUAAAGCCAUGGCUAGACUCCACAGUAUUUCAUAUUAACAGACACAUAACAAAUAUUUCUAGUUACAUUUCCUUCUUUCCUUCUCUCUCUCUCUCUCUCUCUCUCUCUCUCUCUCUCUCUCUCUCUCUCUCUCUCUCUCUGCUGUUUUAUACCAUAGUGUUUUAUUGUAAUUGCACAUGGAAGAUUUGACAUUAAGCUACUCUGUAUAAUCACUAACAUGAAGGCCUAGCUUUCGUUGCCAGGUUGACUAUCCUCCGGUUGCCAGAGAGGGUUGUAAUCCCACCUACCCUUCAAAGGGCAAAAAAGUAACAUGAGCAGUAGGAAGGAGGCACGUGUUUAUGCUGCUGUUUUUGUCAGUUGUAAAUACACACACACACACAUAUUCACACACACACACAACAUCAUGCCUUUCUGUGAGUGUGUGUGUGUACGUGUGUGUUCUGCUUUUUUUGUCAGUGUGCUCUUAAAACACAGCAUGAAGUUACAACAUAAUGACAAAGACUUUAAACAGUAAAUAUAAUUAGUGCAUGCUGUUUAUUAACACCCUCUGCUACCCAGUGGUAGAGCCCAAUGGAGUAAGGUGAAGAUCCCCCUUAGACACUGAAUAUUCCUCAUAAUGGUUAGGGUUAAGCUCCAUGGAGGAAAAGUUGAUCCUAGAUCUGUGCCUAAGGGCAACUUCUUCAAAUAAUCAUCUCAUCUGCCUUUCCAUAGGGAUUCACAGAAUGAGUACUAGUGGUUGGGGGCAGAAAUAGACAAGAGCUACCAGUAUGCUGAAAUAGUUUACAGCAUGCUUUGUGGGGUUGUUGUUGUGUGUUGUUUGCAGUUGCUUUGUGGGGGUUGUUGUGUUGUGGUUUACAGUAUGCUUGUGGGGUUGUUGUGUUGUUGUUUACAGUAUGAUUGUGGGGUAUUGUUGUGGUUGUUGUUUACAGUAUGAUUGUGGGUAUUGUUGUGUUGUUUGUUUACAGUAUGAUUGUGGGGUAUUGUUGUGUUGGUUUACAGUAUGAUUGUGGGAUGUUGUUGUGUUGUUGUUUACAGUAUGAUUGUGGGGUGUUGUUGUUUACAGUAUGAUUGUGGGGUGUUGUUGUGUUGUUGUUUCAGUAUGAUUGUGGGGUGUUGUUGUUUACAGUAUGAUUGUGGGUGUUGUUGUGUUGUUGUUUCAGUAUGAUUGUGGGGUGUUGUUGUUUCAGUAUGAUUGUGGGUGUGUUGUUGUUUCAGUAUGAUUGUGGGGUGUUUGUUGUUUCAGUAAAUGAUUGUGGGGUUGUUGUUGUUUCAGUAUGAUUGUGGGGUGUUGGUUGUUUCAGUAUGAUUGUGGGGGUUGUGUUUCAGUAUGAUGUUGGGGUGUUGUUUCAGUAUGAUUGUGGGGUGUUGUUGUUUCAGUAUGAUUGUGGGGUGUUGUUGUUUCAGUAUGAUUGUGGGGUGUUGUUGUUUCAGUAUGAUUGUGGGGUGUUGUUGUGUUGUUGUUUCAGUAUGAUUGUGGGGUGUUGUUGUGUUGUUGUUGAAACACUCAAUGAAAACCGUCCUAAUUGGAAACAAACAUCUUUAUGUUGUCAUCCAGAGUCACAUGUAUUUAUUUUCCAAGUUAUAGCUCACAAUAUUUUACAUGCAGCAGGUUUUUAAAGGACCAAAGAGUCAAGUCGGCUUUGUGUUUUCAUGUUUGGCCAUGGACAAUCGAGUAUCAAAGUAUCUUGAUACUCGUAUCGUGACAACCCUAGCACGCACACACACACACACACACACACACACGCACGCACACACAAUUUCCUAUUGAAAAACUUGCAUCCAGUCCGUUGUUUCAGUUUAUAAAUCAUUCCUGGCUUUCAAAACCUAUUCCCUAAAUAUAAAUAUAAAUAUAAAUAUAGUGUCCUGUGUUUGACCAGAGAUUUAUGUGGCUAUCCCUAUGUGGCUCCGGUCAAAAGCAGGGCACGUGUGUGUGUGUGUGUGUGUGUGGCUGUCUGUGUGUCUGUGUUUGUUUGUGUGUGUAGUGGUGUCAUUUGAGACAGAGUUCAGUCAGGGUACACUGUGUCUUUUUGCUGAAACAGUCUGAAAAGCGUUGAGGUCAGCGUUUCCACAUGUCCGCUGCCAGGCACGCCGAGACUUGGCCUCUCUUCCUUGGGAAUAAUAUUAUUAUCCGCUCACUCUGAAUGCUGGGAGAGUUGUGGAGCGAGGACGUACAGCGCAUUCGGAAAGUAUUCAGACCCCUUGACUUUAUCCACAUGUUGUUACGGUACAACCUUAUUCUAAAAAGGAUUCAAUAGUUUUUUUUUCUUCAUCUAUCUACACACAAUACCCCAUAAUGACAAAGCAAAAACUGGUUUUUAGACAUUUUUGCAAAUGUAUAUAAAAAUUACAUAAGUACCCUUUACUCAGUACUUUGUUGAAGCACCUCUGGCAGUGAUUACAGCCUCGAGUCUUCUUGGGUAUGACGCUACAAGCUUGGCACGCCUGUAUUUGAGGAGUUUCUUAGCUGCAGAUCCUCUCAAGCUCUGUCAGGUUGGAUGGGGAGCGUCGCUGCACAGCUAUUUUCAGGUCUCUCCAGAGAUCGGGUUCAAGUCCGGGCUCUGGCUGGGCCAACCAGUCUGAGGUCCUGAGCACUCUGGAGUAGGUUUUCAUCAAGGAUCUCUCUGUACUUUACUCCAUUCAUCUUUCCCUCGAUCCUGACUAUUCUCCCAGUUCCUGCCGCUGAGAAACAUCCCCACAGCAUGAUGCCGCCACCACCAUGCUUCACCGUAGGGAUGGUGUCAGGUUUCCUCCAGACUUGAUGCUUGGCGUGAUGCUCAGGCCAAAGAGUUCAAUCUUGGUUUCAUCAGACCAGAUAAUCUUGUUUCUCAUGGUCUGGGAGUCCUUUAGGUGCCUUUUUGCAAACUCCAUGUGCAUUUUACUGAGGAGUGGCUACCGUCGGGUCGCUAUACCAUAAAGUCCUGAUUGGUGGAGUGCUGCAGAGAUGGUUGUCCUUCUGGGAGGUUCUCCCAUCUCCACAGAUGAACUCUGGAGCUCUGUCAGAGUGACCAUCGGGUUCUUGGUCACCUCCCUGACGAAGGUCCUUCUCCCCCGAUUGCUGGCCGGUUGGCCAGCUCUAGGAAGAGUCUUGAUGGUUCCAAACUUCUUCCAUUUAAGAAAGCCACUGUGUUCUUGGGGACCUUCAAUGCUGCAGAAAUGUUUUGGUACCCUUCCCCAGAUCUGUGCCUCAACACAAUCCUGUCUCAGAGCUCUACGGACAAUUCCUUCGACCUCAUGGUUUGGUUUUUGCUCUGACAUGCACUUUCAACUGUGGGACCUUAUAUAGACAGGUGUGUGCCUUUCCAAAUCAUGUCCAAUCAAUUGAAUUUACCACAGGUGGACUCCAAUCAAGUUGUAGAAACAUCUCAAAGUUGAUCAAUGGAAACACGAUGCACCUGAGCUCAAUUUCGAGUCUCACAGCAAAGGAUCUGAAUACUUAUUUAAAUAAGGUAUUUCAGUUUUUGUAUUUUAAUACGUUUGCAAAAAUUUCUAAAACAAUGUUUUCACUUCGUCAUUAUGGGGUAUUGUGUGUAGAUUGAUGAGAAACAAAAACAAUUUAAUCAAUUGUAGAAUAAGGCUGUACCGUAACAAAAUGUGGAAAAAGGGAAGGGGUCUGAAUACUUUCCGAAUCCACUGUAUGUGUGUAUGUGUUUGUUGUAUCAGUGUGUUUGUGUGUGUGUGUGUGUGUGUAUGAUUGUGUUGUGUCAGUGUGUAUAUGAAUAAUGUGUGAUAAACCCAAUACAUUUUAGUCUACUUAGCAAAGGUAAGAUCAUAACAAUUCCUUUAAUUCCUUUUCUACAAAUGCAAUUUAUCUACUAAUUUUACCUGCAAUGCUCCGGGUAGACGCAGUCCCUAGUCCCUUGCAUUCUAAUUUGAAGCACUAUGACGCCAUAGACGCCGUUGACACUCGUGGCCUGUCUGUUUUCUCUCAUUCACUCAUAUGCAUUCUAUUUCCAGCAUGAGCACGCUCGUUCACAAGCUUAAAAAAAACGCUUCCCAUUUCAAGUAAGCUUAAGUCUUUUUCUUUUGCCUUGGGCUUCAGGGCUUCCAUAAGUUUGUGUUUUUGCCUGUGUCCACAUUUUAUUUGAGUUUGAUAACGUUGUUUGUGUGGAAUACUGUGUGUAUGUGAACAUGCACAUGUCAUUACCCAGUGUAGUGCAAGGCCUGUUGCAGAUCACCCUACUGAGCUACUGUCGUCCACAUCGUGAUCACACAGAGAACAGAGGAAGUAGGAACUCUGAACCUCUUGGAUGACCCCAGAUACUUCCCUUUACUCUCUCUCUCUCCCUGUCUCUUGCUCUCUCUCUCUCUCUCUCGCUCUCUGUCCAUUUUUCUCUCUCUUUCUGUAUGUUUCUCUAUCUUUCUCUCUCCUCUCUCUCUCUCUCUCUUUCUCUCUCUCUGAACCUCCAGUUUCCCCCAGAGCUAGACUACUAGCCAUCUAACUCAUUGUUACAGUAACAGUUAGUUCUUUAGCCAACUCCUUGAGUCAGACACGACAUGAAAAUGACAAAUGAGUUGGCUAAAGCACAGACAGAUGUAGUUUCAAGACCUAACCCACAAACUGCUGUGUCCGAUGGUUUCUCAGCUGGGUUCUUUCAUGGAGAAAACCAGUCGAUUAGAACCUAUUAAUCAAUCUGUAUUAGCCCAGGGGAAAAUCUGGUUGGCCAGCCCGUUUGUUGUCCGGCCAAUAAAUGACAUUGACUAAUGAAUGAAUUAGAGGAUGUUGGCAUAGUGUUGUUUGUUGUUGGAAACUAUGGGCCAGAUCAGAACAUCAGUUAGAUCUGUGGGUGUGUGUCAUGAUAUUAACCCUAUUGGUCUAUCCAACAGUGUGUCCAGACAGGGAGCCCGGCCUGCAGCCAUGGACCCCCGGCCACAGUGAAGCCCACCAAGUUACCAUUGGUUACGGCAGAAAGGUCAUCCUCACCUCGUCAGCUACCGUCCACUCAAUAGAGAUCCUCAACGGAGGUACGUCUGUGUGUGUGUGUGUGUGUGUGCGAUAAUAUUGUUAAACUGUCACCCGAAUGUAUGUUAUCCAUCAGUUGUGUGUGUAACAGUCUGGCUUCCAGCUCCUCGCCCCAAACUGGGUUCCAACCAGGGACCCUCUGCACACAUCGACAACAGUUACCCUCGAAGCAUCGUUACCUAUCGCUCCACAAAAGCUGCGGCCCUUGCAGGGCAAGGGAAACAGCUACUUCAAGGUCUCAGAGCGAGUGACGUCACCGAUUUGAAAUUCCACUAGCGCGCACCGCUAAUUAGCUAGCCAUUUCACACAGGCUACACCCCCCCCUUUGACCUCCUCCUUCUCCGCAGCAACCAGUGAUCUGGGUCAACAUCAUCAAUGUAACAGUGUUACGUGUGUGUGUAUGUGUGAGUUAGGAACCUGAUACUAUGUGUCCAGGUAUGUGUCUAACCACUAACACACAGUGUAAUCAAAGUCCCCAUCUCUCAUCCACUUCACUACAGGACUAUAUAACCUCUGUCAGAUGGACAUUAUCGUGAAAUGCAGCCCUCAUAAAGGGUUAUUGAGUUUUCCUGUGUGUCUGUGUGUGUGUGUGUGAGCCACAGCUCAGUGCCAUAAAAGGAAGGGUGAUGUGAUGUGUUGGGCGCCAGGGCAUGAAAUACCUGUCAGGACACCUCACCAGUAAAGAUAUCUUUCUCUCUCUCUUUCCUCUCUCUCUCUCUCUCUCUCUCUCUCUCUCUCUCUCUCUCUCUCUCUCUCUCUCUCUCUCUCUCUCCUCUCUCUCUCUCUCUCUCUCUCUCUCUCUCUCUCUCUCUCUCUCUCUCUCUCUCUCUCUCUCUCUCUCUCUCUUUCCUUCUCUCUCUAGGAAAGUUAGUGAUAGCAGAUUCGGAUCGUCCCAUCCUACUGCGUACCAAACACAUUCUGAUCGGCAACAGAGGACAGCUGCACAUAGGAAGUCCUGACUGCCCGUAUAAGGGCAACCUUACCAUCUCCUUAUUUGGAAGGUGGGUAAUGUACCCGGACCAAAAAACCUAGCUCGUAGCCUUCAGCCCUCAAUCUAUUUGGUAGCCUCUAGACUGUAUCCUCUUUCUCCUAGCCUCUAGCCUCUUUGUCUUAGUGCAUAUCCUCUAUCUCCUAGCUCCUAGCCUCUAGGCUAUAUCUCCUAGCUCCCAGCCUCUUUCUCCUAGUCUCUAGGCUCUUUCUCCUAGCUCCUAGCCUCUAUCUCCUGGCUUCUCCUAGCCUCUAGUUUCUUUCUCCUAGCUCCUAGCUUCUUUCUCCUAGAUCCUAUCCUCUAUCUCCUAGCCUCUCCUAGCCUCUAGGCUCUAGCUCCUAGCCUCUAUCUCCUAGCCUCUCCUAGACUCUAUCUCAUAGCCUCUCCUAUCCUCUAUCUCCUAGCCCCUAGCCUCUAUCUCCUAGUCUCGCCUAGCCUCUAGCCUCUUUCUCCUAGCUCCUAGACUCUUUCUCCUAGCUCCUAGUCUCUAUCUCAUAGCCUCUAGUAUCUUUCUCCUAGCUCCUAUCCUCUAUCUCCUAGCCUCUCCUAGCCUCUAGGCUCUAUCUCCUAGCUCCUUUCCUCUAUCUUCUAGCCUCUAGUCUCCAUCUCCUAGCUCUUAACUCCAAUCCACUUGUCCAUAAGCUCCACCUCUGCCCUCUAUCUCCUAGAUUCUAGCCUCUACAUGAAUCUCCUGGACCCUAGCCUCUAUCACCUAACUCCUAGCCUCUAUCUCCUAACUCCUAGGCACUAUCUCCUCCCCCCUAGUCUCUAUCUCCUAGCCUCUAUCUCCUAGACCCUAUCUCCUAGCCCCUAGCCUCUGUCUCCUAGCCCCUAGUCUCUAGUCUUUAGUCUUUAUCUUUAGUCUAGUAUCUUCUAGCCUAUAUCGCCUUAUCCCCUAUUGUGUAACCCUCUAGCCCCUAGCCUUGAUUAAUUGGUUGAUCAAUCAUUUACUCUUCUCCAGGUCUGACGACACAGACACAGAGCACAGUUACUUUGGCCGUAAGUACAUUGGCGUGGGGACUGGAGGGACGCUGGAGAUCCACGGGAAGAAGAAGCUGUCGUGGACGUUCCUCAACAAGACCCUGCACCCCGGGGAGAGCGAGGACAACAGCUACCUGUUCGAGAGGGGCUGGGGCAACCGGGGAAUCAUCGUUCACAUCAUCGACCCCAAGACUGGAGAAGUACUCCAGAAUGAUAGGUAUUUUUUAUGUUCUGUUUUUAUUUCACUUUUAGGCUUCCACAAUUCUGGUACAUUUUUCAAAAGUUCCCAGGUUUUCCAGAACUUAGGUUGGAAGACUCCUUCCUCUGGUCCUCUGUAGCUCAGCUGGUAGAGCAUGGUGCUUGUAACGCCAGGGUAGUGGGUUCGAUCCCCGGGACCACCCAUACACAAAAAUGUAUGCACGCAUGACUGUAAGUCGCUUUGGAUAAAAGCAUCUGCUAAAUGGCAUAUUAUUAUUAUUAUUAUUAUUAUUAUUAUUAUUAUUAUAUCAUUAUUCCGGAAAUCUUCCAACUGGGAUUUCUGGAAAACCAGGGGACUUUUAGAAAGUUACUGGAAUGGUUGUGAGAAGCAAACAUGUUUUUUUUUUAAUCACUGGAGGAAAUUGUCUCUUUAAAGCUGGAAUCCUUCAUAGUGAAACUGCCAUGUCCGUUUGGGAUAUUACAACAAAGAAGUUACUGCAGACAACAAACACAGUUUUUUUUCCGUCUAACAUCAUUGCACCCGCGAUAGAACAGCAGAAUAUGUACUGCACAUUUUUUUUUACCAUGCUGUUCGACGCACCUCACCUCCGUUUCGUCCACAAAACUAAAACAAUAGCAAAGGUGCUGGGGCGGACAGUGGCGCUGUUUCCCCUAAUGCAGAUUCCAUCUUUAAGUCAUGACAGAUAAUGAGGGAGAAUAAAGACAUUCCUGUUGGUAUUAACUAUCUAUUCGAUGUGUUAUGUUCUCCCCAUCCCAUCGUUCAACAUCUCUGAUUGAAUAAAGAAUGUCAUAAAACAUUUAAUACGUAGUUAGAAAAACAUUUAAUAUGCCGUCAGAGUACUGGUAAACAAUAAUUAAAAAACCAAUUAAACAAAACAAACUGCUUCCAAGAGAAGGCAAGUCUUGAGUAUUUUGUCAGAAACUGAACCCCAUUGAGAAAUUAAAACCCCAUUGACAAAUGGGCUUACUAUUGGUUAGACCUCAAUUACCAUUGACCUCAAUUUCCUCACAAAAUCUUGAGACCUCACCCUCAAGAUCUUACUUACAGGAAGCUUCCAUGGGGCUGUGUGCAAUCAUUCAUUGAUAUUUGUUGACACAUUUAUCAGAAGAUCCACCACAAAUCAACAUUCAAAAGAAGACUUUUGUUGGAGUAAUUGUGUGAAGGUCUUUUUUUGUGCUCUGUUAUGUAGCUAUGAUAUAGGCCAGUGUUUCCCAACUCCAGGCCCCCUGUAAUAUAACUCAGUAACAUGUGUUCUGUUAUGUAGCUAUGAUAUAGGCCAGUGUUUCCCAACUCCAGGCCCCCUGUAAUAUAACUCAGUAACAUGUGCUCUGUUAUGUAGCUAUGAUAUAGGCCAGUGUUUCUCAACUCCAGGCCCCCUGUAAUAUAACUCAGUAACAUGUGUUCUGUUAUGUAGCUAUGAUAUAGGCCAGUGUUUCUCAACUCCAGGCCUCCUGUAAUAUAACUCAGUAACAUGUGCUCUGUUAUGUAGCUAUGAUAUAGGCCAGUGUUUCUCAACUCCAGGCCCCCUGUAAUAUAACUCAGUAACAUGUGCUCUGUUAUGUAGCUAUGAUAUAGGCCAGUGUUUCCCAACGCCAGGCCUCCUGUAAUAUAACUCAGUAACAUGUGCUCUGUUAUGUAGCUAUGAUAUAGGCCAGUGUUUCCCAACGCCAGGCCUCCUGUAAUAUAACUCAGUAACAUGUGCUCUGUUAUGUAGCUAUGAUAUAGGCCAGUGUUUCCCAACUCCAGGCCUCCUCUACCCGCAACAGUACAUAUUUAUGUUGUGGCCCCAAACAAGCACACCUGAUUCUACUUGUCAACUAAUCAUCAAGCCCUUGACAAGUUGAAUCGGGUGUUUUUGUCCGACACAACAAACAUGUGUGCUAUUGUGGAUACUGGAGGACCGGAAUUGGGAAACACUGAUAUAGGCUAGCCAUUCGCCUCCCCCAGGUUUGACACAUACCGCAGUAAAGAAGAGAGUCGUCGCCUGGCCCAGUAUGUGGAUGUGGUAGACAAUGGGAUGAUUCUGGCCAUGGUGGUCAACGACGAGGGAUCUAACAACCUAGAGGACUCGGCCAGGAAGUCCCUCACCAAGCUGGGGAGUAGACACUUCCACCGCCUGGGCUUCCGGUAGGUUCCCUGACCCCUGACCCCUGUCCUCCAACCAGGGAAUUUUGCAACCUAUAUUACGCUAUACAUGUAUAUUAUUAUUAUGAUUAGCUGAUUGAUAUUAGUAUUUGGUAAUUUUUUGGAAGACCAUCACUAAGCUGGGGAGCAGACACUCCUUGACCCCUGACCUCUAACCCAGGGGUUUCCAAAAACCUUUUAUGCAUUGUGAUCCAUCUGUAGCCAACCAUUUCUACAGCUGCUUGGCCUGAACCAACUGCCUUUGGGGCAACUGCCAGGGCUGGAAGGAACUUGAAAUCAAAGGACAUGGGCAGAUGCAAUGUUAGAGUACUCUGUUCUGCUGGCAAUUGUUUAAAAUAGAUACUAAGUGGUAUGCUAAAUGGUAAAUAACUUGUUGUUGCUUUACCAUUGAAGUCUUAUUUCUAAUCUAUAGCCACAGCCAAGGGUUAAGCCACCAAUUGGCCCUGACUUGGUGUGUUGUGAGUUGAGUCCUGAGUCACUGGAGAAAUCCAGUUCUCUCUCUCUCUCUCUCUCUCUCUAUCUCGCUCUCAUCUCGCUCUCUCUCAUUCGCUCUCUCUCGUCUCUCUCUCUCUACCUCGCCUCCAUACUCUCGCUACAGCGCUGACCGCCGUCACUUCCCAUCUAUCUCUCUAUACAUCCCUACUCCCUCGCUGCCCCUAGCUCUCUCCUCUCUCUCUCCUAUCUCUCUCUCUCUCUCUCUCUCUCUCUCCUCUCUCUCUCAUCGCUCUUCUACCUCUCUCUACAUCUCUCUACCUCUCUCUACCUCUCUCUACCUCUCCCCACCUCCCUCUACCUCUCUCUAUCCUUCGCUCUAUCUUUCUAUCCCUCCACACCCGAAUGGAUGUGCUCCAUUCAAGCAUUUGAGCUAGAGCAUGAUAGCACUAGCGUAGCCACCUAGUGUGGCCACCCAGUGUAGCGACCCAGCGUAGCCACCUAGCGUAGCACUAGCAGAUCACUCCUCUCCUGACCUGUUUGUCAGGCAGUGCUGCGCUGGCUGACCUAGCAUAGCAAUGUAGCGUAGCAUAACAUCACACUCUGAUUUAUAAGCCACUGACAGGCAGCCGUCUCCCUCUUUCUCCCUCUCACUUUCUCUCCCUCUCCCUGGUCUAGCCACCAGAAAUCUCCACAUUUUUGUUUGUGCAGUGUCUCUUUAUCUCUCCUGGCACAGGACUGCUUAGUGAAAGCAGGGCGGAAAAUAAGAAAUAAAAGGAAAAACAUAUGCUAGCAAGUCUCUCUCUCUCUCUCGCUCUCUCUCUCUCACACUGUAUUAAAGUAUCUCAGGAAUGCAUGGAAAAUGGAAAGUAAAUUGAGCCAUGAUAACAAAACCUAAUACAGCUGGAUUCAGUCCUUGGAGAGAAAAAACCUCUUAAACUGAGGGUUAGUGAGGAGCAUUUAAGUGAGCUAAUCGUAUUCAGACUUAUUGCAUUCCUCCCAUACAGUAGAACUCAACUCAACCACCAGUAUAUCGGAAUGUCCUACAAUGGCUGUCAGAAUGGGGUUAGAAGAUUCAGUGUAUGUGUGUGUCCGUGCGUGCGUUUGUGUGCAUGCGCGUGCGCGUGUCUGGUCAGGAGAGUUUACCAUGGCUUAGAGCAAGGGUGUCAAACAUACCCAUUAAAUCCAUCCCACGGGUGGUUUGGGGGAAAAAACAAUCUUAAUCAACAAUGAAAUGACUAAAACUAAAUGCGAACUGUGUAGAAAUGAUAAUGGACCUACAUCUAUACUCUCUUCACUCUGUCCAGCUUGAUAACAGUCAUUAAUAGUCUCUUCACUCUGUCCAGCUUGAUAACAGUCAUCUAUAGUCUCUUCACUCUGUCCAGCUUGAUAACAGUCAUCUAUAGUCUCUUCACUCUGUCCAGCUUGAUAACAGUCAUUAAUAGUCUCUUCACUCUGUCCAGCUUGAUAACAGUCAUCUAUAGUCUCUUCACUCUGUCCAGCUUGAUAACAGUCAUCUAUAGUCUCUUCACUCUGUCCAGCUUGAUAACAGUCAUUAAUAGUCUCUUCACUCUGUCCAGCUUGAUAACAGUCAUCUAUAGUCUCUUCACUCUGUCCAGCUUGAUAACAGUCAUCUAUAGUCUCUUCACUCUGUCCAGCUUGAUAACAGUCAUCUAUAGUCUCUUCACUCUGUCCAGCUUGAUAACAGUAAUAUAUAGUCUCUUCACUCUGUCCAGCUUGAUAACAGUAAUAUAUAGUCUCUUCACUCUGUCCAGCUUGAUAACAGUCAUCUAUAGUCUCUUCACUCUGUCCAGCUUGAUAACAGUCAUCUAUAGUCUCUUCACUCUGUCCAGAUUGAUAACAGUCAUCUAUAGUCUCUUCACUCUGUCCAGCUUGAUAACAGUCAUCAAUAGUCUCUUCACUCUGUCCAGCUUGAUAACAGUCAUCUAUAGUCUAUUCACUCUGUCCAGCUUGAUAACAGUCAUCUAUAGUCUCUUCACUCUGUCCAGCUUGAUAACAGUCAUCUAUAGUCUCUUCACUCUGUCCAGCUUGAUAACAGUCAUCUAUAGUCUCUUCACUCUGUCCAGCUUGAUAACAGUCAUCUAUAGUCUCUUCACUCUGUCCAGCUUGAUAACAGUCAUCUAUAGUCUCUUCACUCUGUCCAGCAUGCUAACAGUCAUCCAAAUGAAAGCUAGACAGUCAGGGAGCAUAAACAACUCCAAAAGCAAUGGACAGAGGACUAUUUUGAUGGCGAGGAAAUAUAAUAUAUUUGAAGACCGAAUGCGGCCCGUGAGGCAAAAUGAGUUUAAUACCAUAGAGAAUGGGAAGCUUGGCAGCAACGCCAGUGCGGUUAGCCUGUUAGUGUCCAAAUUAUAAAACCGUGUCAGUGUGUGUGUCAGUGUGUGUGUGUGUGUGUUUAUCUACUGUUGCCAAGUAAGUCGCAGCUAAUUUUCUCCAACAACCAGAGAACCAAAGUUUACAAGUAUUCACACAGAAAUAUCUCCACACCAUGUCUUGAGAUGAGAAGAGAGAGAGAGAAAGACGGAUGAAGGAGGACGAGGAGGAUGUACUUAAAGUCUCUUGUCGUCUAUCGUCCUGACACUCGUGCCAAACAGUGUUAAAGCAGAAGAAGGAAUAUAUUAUUUGAGGUGUGCCAGAGCACAUUUUAAUAAGGCAAUCAUUUUGGCAACACGAAGAUCUCUGCAAUCCAUCCUCCAGGAAUGCAAUUUACAUAUGUUUACCAAAGUCAUGGUGCUAUUUAUGAGUGGGGGAUGGUGUGUGUGUGUAUUGCUCUUACAUUUCAUGAAAGCCAAUAGUUGUUGAUAUAAUGUCAUUACUGUAGACACCUUUAGAGACAUAUCUGGCAUGCUGAUCUAUAUAAAACCUCACAUCAUUUUGCAGUUGUGUUUUGCUUGUCUCCAGUUGCUAUUAAAUGAGAACAUGAUGGCUAGCUAGUGUAAAGGACAUCACGCUGAGAACAUGAUGGCUAGCUAGUGUAAAGGACGUCACGCUGAGAACAUGAUGGCUAGCUAGUGUAAAGGACGUCACGCUGAGAACAUGAUGGCUAGCUAGUGUAAAGGACGUCACACUGAGAACAUGAUGGCUAGCUAGUGUAAAGGACGUCACACUGAGAACAUGAUGGCUAGCUAGUGUAAAGGACGUCACACUGAGAACAUGAUGGCUAGCUAGUGUAAAGGACGUCACGCUGAGAACAUGAUGGCUAGCUAGUGUAAAGGACGUCACGCUGAGAACAUGAUGGCUAGCUAGUGUAAAGGACGUCACGCUGAGAACAUGAUGGCUAGCUAGUGUAAAGGACGUCACGCUGAGAACAUGAUGGCUAGCUAGUGUAAAGGACGUCACGCUGAGAACAUGAUGGCUAGCUAGUGUAAAGGACGUCACACUGAGAACAUGAUGGCUAGCUAGUGUAACGGACGUCACGCUGAGAACAUGAUGGCUAGCUAGUGUAAAGGACGUCACACUGAGAACAUGAUGGCUAGCUAGUGUAAAGGACGUCACGCUGAGAACAUGAUGGCUAGCUAGUGUAAAGGACGUCACACUGCGUGCUUAGCGAGUACUGCUUCCUACCGAUUGGGCCCGUACCUGGCGCGAACUCGGGACCUCUGCCUUGCUUGCACACGUGACCACCCUCCUGAAGUGUUCUAAUGCCAGUUCUCUGACUGUUCCUGGUGGAAUCAUAAUGCAAUAUGUAGUUGGAAUGUCCUGGUGUGAAUAUCACAUAGACUCUCGUCAGACACCUAGUACACGCCACACACACACACACGCACAUCUCUCCCCUGACACUCGUGUCACUGUGUCCUCACAAGAGUGAGGCAUGAUGGGAUUGCUACUGUAAUUACCCAUCCUGCCCCUGGGUUUUUCCGACAGCCCGUCACUCCUUAUGUCAACAUCAUUACCAGGGCUGGCUGGAACUGUGUGUGUGUGUGUGUGUGUGUGUGUGUGCGUGUGUGUGUGUGUGCGUGCGUGUAAUGGACAUAUAUCUCUCCCCCUCUCUCUUUUUCUUUUCUUUCCAUCCAUCCUUAUCGUCUUGCACCUCACACUGUCAAUCUCCCUAUUUCCCUCCCCCUCUCUCUACUUUAUGUCUCUUCACCUCUUCUCUCCCUUUCUCCAGUCAUCCCUGGAGUUUCAUUGCAGUGAAAGGCAACUCGUCCUCUGCAGUGGAGGAUCAUGCUAUCUAUCAAGGUGAACCGCACUCUCUCUCAUCUCUCUCUCCUUUCUCGACCCUCUCCUCUCCUUAUCUUUCCCUCAACCUCUCUUUCUCUCCCUUUGACCCACCUCCCUCUCUCUCUCUUACUUUCUAGAGUAUCUCUCCCCCGUCUCUCUCUCUCUUACUUUAGAGUAUCUCUCCCCCUUCUCUCUCUCUCUUACUUUCUAGAGUAUCUCUCCCCCUUCUCUCUCACUUUCUAGAGUCUCUAUCUCUCCACUUCCUCUUCUCUCUACUCUCUCACUUUUAGAGUAUCUCUCCCCUAUCCUCUACUCACUUUCUAGAGUAUCUCUCCCCCUUCUCUCUCUCUUACUUUCUAGAGUAUCUCUCCCCCUUCUCUCUCACUUUCUAGAGUAUCUCUCCCCCUUCUCUCUCUCUCUCACUUUCUAGAGUAUCUCUCCCCCUUCUCUCUCACUUUCUAGUAGUAUCUCUCCCUCUUCUCUCUCUCUCUCACUUUCUAGAGUAUCUCUCCCCCUUCUCUCUCUCUCUUACUUUCUAGAGUAUCUCUCCCUCUUCUCUCUCACUCUCUUACUUUCUAGAGUAUCUCUCCCCCUUCUCUCUCUCUCUUACUUUCUAGAGUAUCUCUCCCUCUUCUCUCUGUUUCUCUUUCUCUCUCUAUUGUACUUGUAUUUCUUAGUUUACAUAGUGUUAUAGAUGUUAUAAACCAAACACCUGUCUGGACAGACAGACAGACAGACAUACAGACAGAUGGACGGACAGACAGAUAGAAGGACAGACAACGGACAGACAGACGGACAGACAGACAGACAGACAGACAUACAGACAGACAGAUGGACAGACAACGGACAGACAGACAGACAGACAGACGGAUGGACAGACAACGGACAGACAGGCGGAUGGACGGACGGACGGACGGACGGACGGACAGACAGACGGACAGACGGACAACAGACAGACAGACAGCUAGCGGGAGAGUGAAAAAAAGAAAGAACACACUGUUAAAGUAUGCUGGACAUGUCCUCUCCUUACUCUGCUGACUCCUGUGUGUGUGUGUGUGUGUGUGUGUGAACAGGGACCAAGGCCUCCUCGGAGGCUCGUAGUUCACGCAUGUUCCAGUCAGAAUACGGAGAGCACUUUACCAUCACCACCUCCAGUCAAUGGGUGCAAGGUAACACACACACACUUCUGACUUGCCGUCGGGGUCAUAUCAUCACUGUUUGAAAGCCUUUGAUUUAAAUUCAGCUCAACAGAGCAGCAAGAAUCCCCUACGUUCAUUACACAACACACACACACACACACACACACACACACACACACAUGGUCCCUACUGAACCCAGACAACAUAAUAUGGAAAAAUUCCCUUCAACUACUCUCCUACUAAUGCUCUUUGUCAGAACACAUUAGAAAGAAGUCUAAUCCUUGAUGUAAAUUUGAUUAAUCUCCACACACACACAUUCAUGCGCACGCACACACACAUCAACAUCUUGGCAACGGUGUGUAGGAAUCCCAUUGAAAUGAGUGUGUGUGUUACAGAGGCAGAGUGGACUGAGUGGUUUGACAGAGAUGAUGAGAGAGGAUCAGGAGACUGGGAGAAGCUGUCUGACCUCCACAAGGCUUACCCUGACCGCCUCUGUAGCACCCCCAUGGAUAUACAGGUAGAACGCACAGACACACACACACACACACAUUCAACGCACAGACACACACACACACGCACACGCGUGCACACACACACGCACACGCGCGCACACACACACACACACACACACACACACACACACACACACACACACACACACACACACACACACACACACACACACGCCCACACACACACACACACACACACAUAUAUGAACAGCUGGUGCCUAUAGCUCUGUAGCAGCCAAAUAACUUUGGAACAAUGAUGCGCCAAAAGAAGGCAACGCUUAGCUUGAUCUAUUUCCAUUUUUAUUGGCUGUAAUUAUGAUGAGGUCACAGCAGCCAGCGCUGUGUGUGUUCACAGAUACUAAAUUCACUCUGUCACCAUGUAUGGCAUAAGCAGAAGCUGUUUGGCAUCCACAGGGAAGACUAAACACACACACACUGUCACUCUCUUUGUCUGUCUGUCAUACCCACACAGUCUACUGUGACAGGAAAAAGCUGACUUCUUUCUCCUUGGUGUUUUAAACAGACAUUAUUUUACCGUAAACAAACUGCCGUCUUGGCUUCUUCUUUGGAUGUUGAAGCCAAGGCUUCUGUUAAGCACUGCUGUGACAAAUGUAGUUAUUAUUUUCCCUCUACCUCUUCCUAACUCUAACCCUUUUCCUCUGUUCUUCUCUUUCUUCUCUCUCUCUCUCUCUUUCUCUCGCUCUCGCUCUCUCUCUCGCUCUCUCUCUCUCUCCUCUCGCUCUCGCCUCUCUCUCUCUCCUCUCUCUCUCUACUCGAUCUCUCUUCUCUCUCUCUCUCGCUCUCGCUCUCUCGCUCUCUCUCUCUCUCUUCUCUCCUCUCUCUCUUUCUCUCUCUCUCUCUCUCUUCCAGGCUGAGUCCCAUGAUGGUGUCCCAUCUAACGAGACAGGAGAUGUCAUCUAUAAGUCUGACAGGGACUACGGCUUCGUCUGUCUCAACAAGGACCAGAGCCACGGCCUCUGCCACAACUACAGAGUACGCUUUCUCUGCGGUAAACUAGGUACGGACACCUGUGUGUGUCUGUGUGUGUGUAGGGGGAGGUCUGUAGUUGGGUGCCCGUGUGCGUCUGUGUGUGUGUAUUUGUGUGUGUCCACGUGCGUGUGUUUAUUUGUGUGCCAACGGCUUUACCCUUAACUGUAUAAGUGUGGGUUUUUUGUGUGGGUUACCCGGUAUGCAUGGAUCCCUUAUGAUUGAAGAAGAGAACACUGCCAACUCAGUGACUUCACACACAGCAAAGCUACAACCAUAGACACACAGUACCUUCAGAAAGUAAUCACACCCCUUGACUUUUUCCACAUUUUGUUGUGUUACAUCCUGAAAAAAAUAUGGAUUACAUUUAGAUUUUGUGUCACUGGCCUAUACACAUUACCCCAUAAUGUCAAAGUGGAAUUAGGUUUUUAGAAAUGUUUACACAUUUAUUAAAAAUGAAAGUGAAAAAAAAUUAUGUAAGUUAGAUAAUUUGUAAUUGCAUAAUCGUGUAGCUGAUGAUUAUGGAUGAAGACUGUGAAUAAAAUAACUGUCAUAACGUUCUAAUACAUUCACUGUGUUGUAUUUUUAAGUCAAUAUAUCAACAAUACCCAAUAUCAGUAGUGUAAAUGAAUGCUUUUCUACCUUAAUCAGUCAAACUGUCUCCAUCUCCUCCCUUCCAUAACUGUCACAGCCCGACUUGUCUCUGUGUAGAUUGUUGAGCGUCAUGUGUUAACAUCAUUACAGUCAGAACAGUAGUGUAACAUCAUUACAGUCAGAACAGUAGUGUAACAUCAUUACAGUCAGAACAGUACUGUAACAUCAUUACAGUCAGAACAGUACUGUAACAUCAUUACAGUCAGAACAGUACUGUAACAUCAUUACAGUCAGAACAGUACUGUAACAUCAUUACAGGCAGAACAGUACUGUAACAUCAUUACUGUCAGAACAGUACUACAACAUCAUUACAGUCAGAAUAGUACUGUAACAUCAUUACAGUCAGAACAGUACUGUAACAUCAUUACAGUCAGAACAGUACUGUAACAUCAUUACAGUCAGAACAGUACUGUAACAUCAUUACAGUCAGAACAGUACUGUAACAUCAUUACAGUCAGAACAGUACUGUAACAUCAUUACAGUCAGAACAGUAGUGUAACAUCAUUACAGUCAGAACAGUACUGUAACAUCAUUACAGUCAGAACAGUACUGUAACGUCAUUACAGGCAGAACAGUACUGUAACAUCAUUACAGUCAGAACAGUACUGGAACAUCAUUACAGUCAGAACAGUACUGUAACAUCAUUACAGUCAGAACAGUACUGUAACAUCAUUACAGUCAGAACAGUACUGUAACAUCAUUACAGUCAGAACAGUAGUGUAACAUCCUGUCCUCUAUGUCAUUAUACAGCCAUGUGUCCACAAUGCCAUCAUGAGCCAUGGUUUAGGUGAUUCUGAUUUGAUUAAGGCAAUUUAGGUGUGUGUGUGUGUGUUUGUGUGUAUGUGUGUGUGAUAUCCUUUAGCUGAUAGAUUGAAGGUGGUUUGGGGUAUUCCCCUAUUAGUCCAUUAGUACCAUGUCUAUCCUCUUACAAUGUUCUAUUCAUCCAUUAUCCUCCUAGACGUCAGCCCAGACAGAGGACAUACUGUACAGCACAUGAGUUAUGAAUAACACACACACACACACACAUUCAGCAGGAGAGUUAUGGCUCCUCUUCAUUGGAGUUUAUUCUAUUCAGUUAACCUGACAGCCCAGCUGCUCCAACUGAUUUAUGGGAAGAGUGUGUGCGUAAGGGUGUGCUUGUGUUUGUGUGUCUGUGUGUGUUUUUGUGUCUGUGUAUUUGAUAUAACCAUAUUGAUUGACGUGUUUCUCUGUCUCUGUCCCUCCAGUGCGUCCCCAGGCCUCCAUCUCUAUAGAGCAUCUAUACAACAGCACUGUCCUGGAGUUAGAUGAGCCAGCUGAAGGCUGGGGCCCAGGAGACAGAGUGGUGGUGGCCAGUACUGACUACUCUAUGCACCAGGCUGAGGAGUUCACCAUACUACCCUGCCCUGCCUGUGGGCCCACACAGGUUAAAGUCCAAGGUGAGUGUGUGUGUGUGUGUGUACAUUUACAUUUACAUCAUUUAGCAGACGCUCUUAUCCAGAGCGACUUACAAAUUGGUGCAUUCAACUUAUGAUAGCCAGUGGGACAACCACUUUUAAAAAAGCGGGAACUGUGCUUCCGUAGAGGUAGGGGAGCUAGCAGGCCAGAGGUGGAUGAACGUAGUGCCCUCGUUUGAGUGUAGGGUCUGAUCAGAGCCUGAAGGUAAGGAGGUGCCGUUCCCCUCACAGCUCCGUAGGCAAGCACCAUGGUCUUGUAGUAGAUGCGAGCCUCAACUGGAAGCCAGUGGAGUGUGCGGAGGAGCGGGGUGACAUGAGAGAACUUGGGAAGGUCGAACACCAGACGGGCUGCGGCGUUCUGGAUAAGUUGUAGGGGUUUAAUGGCACAGGCAGGGAGCCCAGCCAACAGCGAGUUGCAGUAAUCCAGACGGGAGAUGACAAGUGCCUGGAUUAGGACCUGUGCCGCUUUCUGUGUAAGGUAGGGUCGUACUCUGCGAAUGUUGUAGAGCAUGAACCUGCAGGAUCGGGUCACCGCCUUGAUGUUAGCGGAGAACGACAGGGUGUUGUCCAGGGUCACGCCAAGGCUCUUUGCACUCUAGGAGGAGGACACAAUGGAGUUGUCAACCGUGAUGGCGAGAUCAUGGAGCGGGCAGUCCUUCCCCGGGAGGAAGAGCAGCUCCGUCUUGCCGAGGUUCAGCUUGAGGUGGUGAUCCGUCAUCCACACUGAUAUGUCUGCCAGACAUGCAGAGAUGCGAUUCGCCACCUGGUUAUCAGAAGGGGGAAAGGAGAAAAUGAAUUGUGUGUCAUCUGCGUAGCAAUGAUAGGAGAGACCAUGUGAGGAUAUGACAGAGCCAAGUGACUUGGUGUAUAGAGAGAAUAGGAGAGGGCCUAGAACUGAGCCCUGGGGGACACCAGUGGUGAGAGCACGUGGUGCGGAGACAGAUUCUCGCAUGCCACCUGGUAGGAGCGACCUGUCAGGUAGGACGCAAUCCAAGAGUGAGCAGCGCCGGAGAUGCCCAACUCGGAGAGGGUGGAGAGGAGGAUCUGAUGGUUCACAGUAUCAAAGGCAGCGGAUAGGUCUAGAAGGAUAAGAGCAGAGGAAAGAGUACCUGUGUGUAUGUACCUGUGUGUGAGUGUGUGUGUGUGUGUGUAUAUGCAAUGUAAUGCUGCUGUAAUGUCUGUUCUUUGCAUCAGUAAGUUAAGUCUCCUUGUGAAAAAUAAAAGUCUAAGGUUGACUGACCUAACGUAUGUUGCAAUAGCAACCGAGUCAAAGGUCAAGGUCAGGGAUGCUUAACUGUCCCCUCGGUGUAGGGAGAUGUUGCCCUUAUACACUGAUCUUGGGUCAGUUUAGCAUUUCCCCCAGUAAAGGUUAAGGUUAGGAAUGGGGGAGGGGAAGCUGGGUCCUCUGUAGCUCAAUUGGUAGAGCAUGGCGCUUGUAACGCCAGGGUAGUGGGUUCGAUCCCCGGGACCACCCAUACGUAAAAAUGUUAUGCACGCAUGACUGUAAGUCGCUUUGGAUAAAAGCGUCUGCUACUUUCUUUCUUUCUUUCUUUCUUUCUUCCUUAAAGUAUUCACUGAAAUAGCACAGUUAUUAAGGUGUGAACAAUGAUUCCAUUUCAUAGCUUUCACCAAUCUAGACUGUGUGUGUGUCUUUAUUUUUUAUUGGGUUCCCCAAGAAGCAGCAACUGUUCCUGGGCUCCACAUGACAAAAUACAGUGUGUGUGUGUGUGUGGCAGCGCCUUCAACCUUGCUGCCACAGCCUUGGCAUGGAUUGGUGUGUUGAAUGAUGGAGGGAGAGAGAGACAGAGAGACAGGGUACGUGUCCAUAAUGCCACCCUAUUUACUAUAUAGUGCACUACUUUUGACUAGGGCAAAUAUGGCUAUGGUCAAAAGUAGUGUACUAUAUAGGGAGAAGACAGGCCUGGGAAUGAAGCACUGGUAAUAUUUGUGCUUGACCCAGAUUUUUGCUUCCCAGCACAGAUGCUUGACCUACUAAAUCACAAUCACUGGACUCUCUGUCCAUACCUCUGGAAUGGACCCUCUGUGCUUUUAGGGCAGUGAGUGUGUGAGUGUCUGAGUGUGUGUGUGUGAUGGUUUUAGAACACACUGCUCAUUGGGACGGACAGAGCGAAGCUUGUUUAUGUGCUGUAAAUAGCUGUUGGAGAGAUUCUUGUGAACGCAUAAGUGGAAGUUGUAUAAUAGUGUGUGUGUUUGUGUUUGAUUCUACCAUGUGUUUUACAUUUCUCACACUCACACUCACAUUAACAAGGUUUGAGUGUUCCAACUCCAAACAUGCGUCCCAAAUGGCAGCAUGUUCCCUAUGUAGUGCACUACUUUUGACCAGGGAUCUAGUAGCACUAUAAAGGGAAUAAGGGUUCAUUUGGGACACAACCCUAAAGCCUUCUAAAGUCAUUUUUUUCUUGUUAUGUGAAUGGAGCCAAACCAAGUGACAUCUUUGGCCAGACAGACUCACAAAAUUCAAACAAGUAUUCUGCCACCCCACCACCUUUGUGUGUGUGCGUGCAUCUGCCACACCAUUAUACAAGCAGAGAGACAAGAGUCAAACAAGUCUUCAUUGACCGCAGUCUGAACCAGAGAGUGUGUGAGUGUGUGUGUGAGAGAGAGAGAGAGAGAGAGAGAGAGAGAGAGAGAGAGAGAAUUUGCUGAAAGAUCUCAGAAAGGCUCUCUCCUCCUGGGGCUGAACAUGAAUCUAUUCCCAGGCUUCUGAAGGCCUCUGGGGCAUCAUAGUAAGUCAUGAGCUUUCUCUCCACAUCACAUUCUAUCUUAUGUAAUUGCUCUCCAUCACUCUUUCUCUGUCUCUACAUCUCUUUACCCGCAAGUGCGGGUAUUCGGACAAGGCCACACACACAGACAUACACACAGAAAAACACACACAGGUUAAAUAAUCACAGAACUCUAACUCUAAUCACAGAACUCGCUCACCCUCCUCUCUUAUUAUUUACAUGUACAUUUAUGACAAAGCCAGGGGAGUGGUAACCAGGCACAUAAUUGCAUUAUUUCUCUCUCUCUUCUUCUGUCUUUUUCCUCAUCUCUCUCCCCUGUGCGUAGUGGGGCGGUUAACACAACUCAGUCUUUACCUGUUACAGAUUAAACACACAAAUCAGCAGAGGUAUGUUCUCUCUCUCUCUCUUCUCUAUCUCUCCUCUCCUCUCCCUCUCUCUCUCUCUCCCACACACCACAACACACACACACACCACACACACACACACACACACACACACACACACCACACACACACACACACCACACAGGGAUUAAACUCACAAAGAGACAGAGGUAUGUUUCCACAUUUCUGUUUGCACACAGCCUAACCACAAACACUCAGAUGGAGGUGGGACACAAUGUGCUGCUCUUUCAUCCACAUAGCCUUGAUUUUCAUCAGCCUGAGGGAUUUUAUCUUUCUCUCUCUCUCUCUCUCUCUCUCUCUCUCUCUCUCUCUCUCUCUCUCUCUCUCUCUCUCUCUCUCUCUGUCUCUCUGUCUCUCUCUCUCGCCUCUCUCUCUCUCUCUCUCUCUCUCUCUCUCAUCCUUCCAUUUUCUAAAUAUCACAUACUAUAAAACAUGACAUUUUUGCAUACCUAAUAUGCCUACUAUUUAGAACGCAAAUACGGGUAUUCAGGCACUGUUUUUCUCUAUCGCUCUCUCUCUUUUUUUUCUCUUCUCUCUCCCAUCUCUCUCUUCCAGCUCUCGUCUAAAACUGGCACGUGACCUGGCACAAAGAGCUACACAAAGAUCUGCACUCUCUCCCAAACUCUCAAACAGUAUUUUUUCUCUCAGUGUUUGUUGUUCUCCGGUCUCUCUCUCCUCUCUCUCUCUCUCAUCUAUCUAUCUAUCUAUCUAUCUAUCUAUCUAUCUAUCUAUCUAUCUAUCUAUCUAUCUAUCUAUCAUAACUAUCUAUCUAUCUAUCUAUCUAUCUAUCUAUCUCUCUCUCUCUCUCUCUCUCUCUCUCUCUCUCUCUCUCUCUCUCUCUCUCUCUCUCGCUCUCGCUCUCGCUCUCGCUCUCGCUCUCGCUCUCGCUCUCGCUCUCGCUCUCGCUCUCGCUCUCGCUCUCGCUCUCGCUCUCUCUCGCUCUAUCUAUCGCUCUCUCGCUCUCUCUCAGGCUAACAUACUGGCCCUUCAUUGAGGAGUUCCUCUCCUGUGUUAGUAUAGUUUGUUUGUGUUAAACAAGGUUGUCAUCAAGACUUGUUCAGAGUGUUUGCUCAGAUGUCUAGCAUGCCACAAGUGGCUUUGUCUCUAAUUCACUAUCCUCUAAUUGACUAUUUCCUAUAUAGUGCACUAAUUUGACCAGGGCCCAUAAGUGUGUGUGUGUGUGUGUCUAUGCCUAUGUGCAUGGAGCUAGAAUAAACAGCAUGGAAAAGUGAGUGAGAGUGUGUUUUUGAAGAUGGUUAUCUAGAUCAAAUAUCUAAACUCAUCAUGAGGGGCCGCAUUGGCUAGCACACAUGCAGUCAGAGCCGACCCUAGCUGCCCCGCCCCCCCCCCCCCCCCCCCCCACACACACACACACAAAAUUAAGUUGAGAACCUAACUGAGCUUUUUGGGGAAAUUGAUCCGUGUGCCACGAGCCACCAGUUGGCCCUCCCUUAACCAGAUAAGAGGACUGUAAUAUCAAAGGGAUAAACAUGAAAAUAUCUGUUAUUAGACUAGUAGGUCAAACCAGGCUACAGCAAGACGGUGUGUGAGGGUGUGGGUGUGUGUAGAUGUGUGAGGGUGUGUGUGUGUGUGUGUGUGUGUCCUGUGUGUGUGUGUGCGUGUGCGUGUGUGCGUGCGCGUGCGUGCGGAUGCUUGCAUGCUUUUUGUUUGUUUGACAUUAAGAGCAGAAAGUAGUUCACUCUGAUGAAGACUUCCACAGUAGAUACAUCAAUGUUGUUUAAAAUUCCCUAAAUAAUGAGUUGUUUAUCUAGGGGCUGCACCUCUGUUUUCUAGGUCUAUUAAUUAGGUGUGUGUGUGCGCACGUGUGUGUGUGUUAAAUCUAUUUUAAUCACUAACCCCUUUCAACUUUGAUAUACCUAUUAAUUUAAUGUAUGUAUUAAUUAAUUCAGCUCGUAGCCCUCCAGUGCUGCACAAUUAGAAGCUCUUGAUAACGUGUCUCUGCAUGUCUUUCUUGGCCGGUGGUUCAUAGUCAUAUUAAUGUGUGCAUCCAAAUAAAAUCUUUAAUAUUUUUUGACCAUGAUUAUCUCACACAGGCAGAGAGACAGAGAGACAGGAGACAGAGAGACAGAGAGACAGAGAGACAGAGAGACAGGAGACAGGGAGACAGGGAGACCGAGAGACCGAGAGACAGAGAGACAGAGAGACAGAGAGACAGAGAGACAGGGAGACAGGGAGACAGGGAGACAGGGAGACAGAGAGACAGAGAGACAGAGAGACAGAGAGACAGAGAGACAGAGAGACAGAGAGACACGCAGUUACACAAACACACACAGACAAAUUCUCAUUCCUAAUAGGGUCACGGUAUGUUCUCCAACUCUCUCCAUUCAUCAGUGGAGGAUGCAGUUUGUCAGUGUUGUCAGGGGAGCGCCAGUAACAUGGCGAAAGGUGGCCGUGAUUCUUUCCAACGGCUCCCUCAAGGCAGACCAUGUCAGAACCAACAGUACCCAGGUAUCUAACUCUUCCUGUCUCCUCCGCAUCAUUAACAAUUGGGAGAGAGAGGGGUAGACGGGGGGCAGGAGCGGUGGAAAGAGAGAAAGAGGGUGGAGAGAAGGGGGGCCGGGGGAGAGACAAUGGGGGAGAGAUUGCUAUCAGUCUUUAUUGCACUGAUGACUAAGUCCUGACAAGUGAACCACUCAUUUCCUUUGUGCACAGAAAGGUUUUAUCAGUAAAGGAGGGUUGUACUCGGAUGCGUGGGUGACCACCUGUGUCUCUGAUUCUUUUACACUUAUGUUUCAUUUAAUUCCAUUUUUUCUUCAAUAACUCUUUGGCAUUUUAAUUACUGUGUUCGUGUCUAGUGUGUGGGCGGGGAGUCAGAGCUGUUCUGUUUUUAGAUUCCUUCCUUUUUGUUUUGUUCUUUUUUCGUGUUCUUCUCUUCUUUUAAGAAGUCAUGUAAUAUGAUGCCAAUAGUGAGGAGAGAAGACUGAACCUGGGGAAAGUGAAUGUUCUGAACUCAUUAAUAUUUCUUUAGUGUCUACUUGGAUCAUUAGAAGUCUCACAGACAGUGGGCCGUUCUUGUCUCAACCUCUCCUCUCACUCUCUCAUUUCCUCUCUCCCUUCCUCUCCUCUCAUCUCGUCAUGUGUAUAUUCCCCCCCCCCCCGCUCUCCCCCUGCUCUAAUAGUUAUCAUCUGUCAUAUAUCUAGCUCCACAGUAGCUGGACUGGCAGACUCAUUCUGUGACCUUUAACACCCACCAUCACAAUCUUCCACAACCUCCCUCCAUUAAGUCUCUUCCCAUUUAUCUCCCUUUCUCUCUGUGUGUUUCGUCUGCGGCCAACUGCAGAGGGGUUCUUGUGACAGCUGUGAGGUGGUGACAUCUUCACACUAUAGGGAGAUGUCUGAAGAGACACACACACACACACACACACACACACACACACACACACCACAAGAUAUCACAGUCUGACUUCAUGUCACGACGUUCUGUGACAAAUGUGUUAAAUUUAGGCACACAGAAACAACUGGGUUCAAUCCCAAUCUCGUUUCUGGCUGUUGUUUUUUGCCCCUAGUGGCCGGUUUUGAUGGCGUCUCCCAACGUCCUGGGGACCUGCACAAAUGUCGAAUUUCGCUUUGUAUCGCGAGUGAUCUCUCUAUACACACACACACACACACACACACACACACACACACACACACCCAAGCACCCACUCUAUUUUCUCUCCCUCAACUUUCAGCCUAAAAGGCCUUCUAAAAUCACAGGGCAAUUUUCUCCCACUAGUGUAAAUUGACUCUAAAGAACAACACUAAAAACAUUCUCUGGUUGCCUUCUGAGAGCGAUGCUCUCAUGUGUUCCAGGCAAGUGCUCCGGUGUGUAUAUUCUAUGUGUGUGUGUGUGUGUGUGUGUGUGUGUGCAUACAUACAGUACGUUUGUGUCAGGGAGGAUUUUAAUUUAUCGGACAUUUGAGAAAUUGACCAGUCAUCCAUAUGCAUUGGGUACGUAACCCAUUAGGGCUUCCACCCAUGCAGCCAGCGCCAUCAAUAAACAAGGGAUAUUGUCCUUAAAAACAGCCUAACUAAUUACAAAACAAUAUUCCUUGUGUUUGGAUGCAUAGAAUAUGCUAAACUUUAAAGCCUAUUGCUUUAUUGAUUUUUAUUUUUCUAAAACAAUUAUUGUCCACCUCACGGCUCAGCUGUCGGAGAUUUGAGCACUAAAUGCUUCAGGGCAUUGCAUGCAUAGGUCUACAGACUUAGGUGUCCACUAUAAGAGGAAGAGAAGCUAAGGGCUAGCCCCAGAGAGAGAGAUACAGUAUGCCGGCGGCAUGCUAUACGACACCGACAUGCAUUUCUUUAUGUCAGAUGGAUACUGCGUCUGCUAUACAGAUAUAGGCGUACAGAAGGAGGCUAAUUCGUUAAUUUUCGAUCCGAAUAUUUUGUAUAAAGAUAAGCAUUAUAUUGUUAGAUUAUAGGAGUAACUAACUCUGGUAGGCCUGAAAUAUUCUUCCUCACCUCAAGUUCAACUGUUGGAGCCAGUUGGAGAGCUGGUGCACACAGCCUUCAUAUAACAGUAUAAUAGGCUAAUAACCAGACCACACAACCUUCUCAAGCCAUUGUUUAUAGGGAAAAUACGAGCAGGAUAUUAUCCUGCGGCAAACACAACAUUCAAGUUGGAACUUAAUUUGUCCAAAUAAAAUGACUCAACAGAAUGAAACAAAACACUUGCGAACUGGUUUAAACCUUAAUAAUAAUAAUAUGCCAUUUAGCAGACGCUUUUAUCCAAAGCGACUUACAGUCAUGUGUGCAUACAUUUUUACGUAUGGGUGGUCCCGGGGAUCAAACCCACUACCCUGGCGUUACAAGCGCCAUGCUCUACCAGCUGAGCUACAGAGGACCCCCUUCACAAACGUUUUCAACAGUCUACUACAUGUUAUUGCAGCAAUUACCAAGAAAGACUAGUACCUACUGUACCCAAGAAAUGACAGCAAUAGGAUAAUGGUAUUUAUUUUACAACAGACCUACUGUACUUAUAACCUAUCUUAAACUAAAUGUUGUAGCAGGGCUCCAGACUAACAUUUUCCCCUGGUGGCACUUGUGCCACUAUGUUUUUCAGUUGGAGGCACAAGUCCAUGAUUUGGUCGCAAUAUAAAAAAAAUGUGUAGGCCGAUCAUCUUAUAAAAUUCAUAGUGCUUUAUUAGAAAGUGUAUUAGACUACUGAGGUGGUAUUGAAGAAAUAAGUUGUUUCAUCAUCUUUUCAUGUUGUGAUAAAACAUAUUUUAAUGAGCAACCUAAUCCAGUGAUUGUCAUGCAUUUUGGGUAGACAUUUAUGCUAUUGUUAUAUUUUACUGUUAAAAUAGGGCUCUAGAGUUUUCUGAUUUUAAUUUUUCAAUGCUCUAAUAUCAUAGCCUAAUUUAUUUGGGGCUAAUUCACCACCUGUGUAAGUGGAAAAACAAAACACAUUAGCUAGAUCACUAGCUCUACAGAUAAUACCCACUGCUAGUAGCCAUGUAUUCAUCUAACAGUACAUUUAAUGUAAAAAAAAAAAACAUUGCAGUUGUAGGCCUAUGCACUCGCAAUGGCCAAUAAGAAUUUUGUGCGCUCCACAUCUCAAAGCCAUAUCAAAUAUCUUGCUUGGAAAAUAGUUGCUUUUGAGCUCAAAGAAAUCUACAGAAAACUGAGCACAUUCUCCACUUGUGACACCAGGAUAGCUGUGCUUUGCCCACAAUUGGAUUUAAAAGUGUUAUACAAUCAGGACACUUUUCUUUCACCUGGAGCAUUUUUCCCCGCGGGAAAGGAGAGGGAGAGUGCCUCUCUCGACACAGCAGCAGGCCCCAGCGAAACAGGUACAGGGGCAGGUAGGCAGACAUUUUCAUUACAGGAAUCAUGAGGAUAAUGUAAUUUACUGUUUGACCAAAUCAUGGUUUUAGCCUCAUAAAAACUAGGACGUUUUGAGUGAGGUGAAUGAAUGUGCAGCUUGCACAGAUGCGACCAAUACAUGUUUUAACUCGCCCAGCAAGACUAAAUGGUCGCAGUCUGGAGCCCCGCCAUGUAGGCUUUUCACUACGCUCUAAUUUUUCUUCAAUGAAAAAAGGUCUCUAUCUUGACAAUCAACAGUAGCCAAGGCUCCUCUCUCGCUCUCCACUCAACAGCAGUCCAACCCCGGACAAUUUGGCUGGCUUCAAUUUUAUUUAUCGGCUUUUCAUUUAUUUAUUGGCCAAAAGCCGGAAAUGACCAGCUAAUGGAAACCCUGGUGUCUGUGUGCAUUCGUAUGUCUGUGUGUGUGUUGCCAGGUGUGUUCUAACUCUUUGUGUGUGUGUGUGUGUGUGUGUGUGUGUGCUGCCAGGUAUGUUCUAAUUCUUUAUGUGUGUGUAUGUGUAGGUAAGCCAGUGUUCCUCCACAUGGGUGAGGAGGUGGAUGGGGUGGACAUGAGGGCAGAGGUCGGCCUGCUGAGUCGCAACAUCCUGGUACGCGGCGAGAUGGAACCUGUUUGCUAUGGCAACGAGGCCUGCAAGUUCUUCGCCUUCGACACUUUCGGAGGACACGUGAAGGUAAUUUAAUUAACAUGGCAUUAAUUGUUCGCCUAUCCACCCCUCCAAUCUAUCUCUUCAUCCCUCUAUCUACACCUUUACUUUAUUCAUCCUCUCUUCAUCCUUCCAUACACCCCUACAUCUUCUCUUUAUCCUUCCAUCUACUUUCAUCUUUUAUUCAUCUUUCCACUGAUCCAAACUUGUAGAUAUCAUGUGAAGGGCUGGACAAUCCCGGUAACUUCACUUCCUUAACCUUUUACUGCAGUGGGCUGAAACAGGGUCACACAGAGUGUUUCUUGGUAGUCUUAAACAAAUCUACUUUGAAACAAAAGUGUACACAUGGUUAUGGGCUUAAGAAAAAGAAGACACCUGUACCAUGUCAGAUAUAGAGUUGAAAUGUAUAACAUUUUGAGUUUGCAUCCCAAUAUUACACUUUAUAUACAUCACAGAAGACUGAAAUAUAACAAAACCGUUUCACAUAGAAACACUGGAUUUUCGGCGGGUUUUUGAAAUAAGGUUUAUUAAUUAUGAAAAAUAUUAGUAACGUUCCACCCAUGAGGCCUUUAGGUCAUUUGACCGCAUGAAAGGACUUGAGUCUGGGAAGGUUACCGGAGUUUUACAGCCCUGAUCAUGUCUUUCUGUUCUGUUUGUCUACCCUUUGUACUUCUUGUGGCCUUCACCAGAAGAAAUGGACUUUUGUUUUGGGCUAUACAGUUAACAUAAAAUUUACAUUAAGAAACCGAUCUCAUCUAUUGUCCUUACAUGUUAGGUGAGGGUAAGGGUAAAGAUUAUAGAGUUUGGUUAGAUGUUGAGUUAUAAAGCACCACCCUUCCGUCUCCUUCUAGCAUGGCUAGACGCCCAGGCUCUGGGGAGCACAGUUAGGACAGAGAGAGCUGAGACUGUCACACACGCCAGCCAACUAGACUAUUACAGUAAUGAUGUCAUCAGAUGACAUAUGGUGACGCAGGCUGUCAUGACUGUCAAUGACAUCUGUAAUAUCAUCGUUAUGACAGUGGUAUUUCGGCUAUCAUUAGGCCAGUGUGAUUCUAUGACAGAUGGACAGACGGACAGGCAGGAAAACACACACACACCACACACAGAGCACCAUAACAGCUAUGGAGAAUAUUAAUACCAAAUACCAAUCCUGAUUUAAGGAAGCAGGCAGGAUAAUGUUUACACAAAUAAACAAUUGUCACUUUGCUGACAGGGAGUGUCACAUUGGGCGAAUUUCUUGUAUUAUGUUAUAUUUGACAUUACUGUAAUUAGGUUUGGCAGAACAUUUCAAAUGAGUAAACGUUUCUUGGAAGCUCUUUUGAUUGAGUUCCGUCUAAAUGAGGCCACAUUUUUUAUUUACAGCACAGAAACAAUGUGUGAAGGGCAACCUAGGAGGGAGAUACACACACACACACACACAAUGGCACACUGGCAUAGUCUUUAGAAUGAGUUGGAUUGCAUCCUGUUCAAUAGACAGCUGUUUAUUGAAGCUGUCAGUCAUAAGCUAAGACCUGGGCUGCGUCCCCAAAUGGCAGCCUAUAAUACUUUUGAGCAGGAAAUGCAAGGCUCUCAUUUGGGACGCAGCCCAGGAGAAGAACCACAGCCAGUAUAAAAUGGAGCCACAUCCAUCUUCACUGCCUGCAAAUUCUUCCCAUUACAUUCUAGUCAACCACAUUUUAAUGAAGAAUUAUGGGGGGAAAAUAAUCUGGGUCAGAUUGGAGACAUCUUGGCCUGUACGGAAAUAUUAAGAGAGAGAGAGAGAGAGAGAGAGAGAGUAUUCCUCUGGUGGAGCCAGAGGGACAUAUCUCAUACAUUGACGUGUCAGUCCCCAAUACUCUCACACAUGAAUAGAUACACGUAGACACACACACCUUAGCUGGAUACAGAAAUCCUAUUCUCAUGCAUGGAAAGUCUUACUAUCUUUUUAUCAAUCUCUCACUCUUUCACAUUCAAAUGUUCUCUCACACUUUCUCCUGUCUUUCUCUCUCGCCCUGUCUCACUCUCUGUCUCACGCUCUAACAGUCUCACUCUCUAACAGUCUCACUCUAACAGUCUCACUCUCUAACAGUCUCACUCUAACAGUCUCACUCUCUAACAGUCUCACUCUAACAGUCUCACUCUCUAACAGUCUCACUCUCUAACAGUCUCACUCUCUAACAGUCUCACUCUAACAGUCUCACUCUCUAACAGUCUCACUCUAACAGUCUCACUCUCUAACAGUCUCACUCUCUAACAGUCUCACUCUAACAGUCUCACUCUCUAACAGUCUCACUCUCUAACAGUCUCACUCUAACAGUCUCACUCUAACAGUCUCACUCUAACAGUCUCACUCUAACAGUCUCACUCUCUAACAGUCUCACUCUAACAGUCUCACUCUCUAACAGUCUCACUCUAACAGUCUCACUCUCUAACAGUCUCUCUCUAACAGUCUCACUCUAACAGUCUCACUCUAACAGUCUCACUCUAACAGUCUCACUCUAACAGUCUCACUCUCUAACAGUCUCACUCUAACAGUCUCACUCUCUAACAGUCUCACUCUAACAGUCUCACUCUCUAACAGUCUCACUCUAACAGUCUCACUCUCUAACAGUCUCACUCUCUAACAGUCUCACUCUCUAACAGGCUCACUCUCUAACAGUCUCACUCUCUAACAGUCUCACUCUCUAACAGUCUCACUCUCUAACAGUCUCACUCUCUAACAGUCUCACUCUCUAACAGGCUCACUCUCUAACAGUCUCACUCUCUAACAGUCUCACUCUCUAACAGUCUCACUCUCUAACAGUCUCACUCUCUAACAGUCUCACUCUAACAGUCUCACUCUCUAACAUCCCUCACUCUCUAACAGUCUCACUCCCCUAACAGUCUCACUCUCUAACAGUCUCACUCUCUAACAGUCUCUCUAACAGGCUCACUCUCUAACUUCCGACAUUCCUAACUGUCUAACAGUUCACUCUUAACGGCCUCAUAUAACUGUCUCAUUCUCUAACUCAUAUAACGUCUCUACCUCCUACACACAUAAAGUGAUUGGGCCGCCACUCCUCUAACCUGUCUCUCUCUCCCUCCCCCUCUCCCCAUAUCUCUCCCUCCCAGGUGGAGCGUGGCUUUAGGUCGGUGCAGGUGUCCGGUGUAGAGCUGCAGCACAUGGGUCAACAGUCUGUGGGUCACUACCCUGUCCACUUCCAUAUGAACGGAGACGUGGACCAGAAGGGAGGCUACGAUCCCCCCACCUCCAUUAGCGAUCUGUCCAUCCACCACACCUUCUCCCGCUGUGUCACUGUGCAUGGCUCUAACGGCCUACUGGUGAGUUACAUGCAUGCACACACUUUGCCAUGUGGUACCAUACAUUUGAGAGUAUAAAAGUGCUGCUGGUCGGCCGUUCAGUUGUCACGACGACUCCCGCCUUCGCCCAGCCUCUCCACCAUCUGUCAGACCACCUCUCACACCGUCUGUGUGUGUGUGUGUGUCUGUGUGUGUGUGUGUGUGUGUGGUUAAAGAGGUCUUAUGUUAUCUCAGCGUGCUUAGCAAGACCAGAACAUGUGUUAACCAGAAGCUCCAGGAGAGACAGACACUGGACUGAACCAUGUGUGGGGGAAUUCACAUGGCAUAUCCUAUCUACGUCUAUAGUGACUCCAUAAAAAAAAAUGUUAAAGGGGCAAUCUGGGAUCAGUACAUCGAUGUUUGGACUUUUCAAUUAAUGAUAUGCCUAAUGAGGUAGAUCAACUGUCUUACCCCUGCAGAACCCCAAAUAUAAGCUGUAUACCAAACGAGUGGCGGGGUGCCAGCUUUGCUGUUUUUCGAAUCCCAGAUUUAAAAUAAGUUAACUGAAUCAGUACGGUUAGCACAUUCACAGAAAUAUUUUUGAACCUCACUUGACAGGAUUCUUCCAUUCACGCAGGCACAGAAAAAGUACAGUCAAACACAUCCCUUUUAUUACCGGUACUCUCUAACGGCUGUGUAGCGGAGUUGUCGAGAGACAUUAUGAGGCUCCACAUCUAGGGUUGCAAAAUUCGGGUAACUUUCCCAGAAUCCCAGAUUUUUCAGAAAUCCUGAUUCCGGGAAUCUUUGAACCAGGGCUUCUAGAAAAGCUGGGACUUUUGGGAAAGUUGCUGGAAUUUUUCAACCUUAUAAGAGUUUCAGGAAAGCCGAGCCACCAACAGAAUGAUAAUGAUGAUGAUAAUAAUCAUAUUCAUGAUUAUGCAUGUUGCUAAUUGCUGUUGUGAACCCAGGGACAUUAUUAACUGUGGACGUUACAGGGUCAUAGACAGAGCAACUAAAUAGAAAUAUCAUAAAAUGAUAUGAGAACAGGUGGGAUUGGGUGUGUGUGUGUGCACGCUCAUGCAAGCUCUUAGCCCAUCCUCAUGCCCGUGCGUAUGUGGUGGAGGGUUGUUAAAGGUGUCCUGUUGUGUUGCCACGGCAAUCAGAGAAUCCAUCCGUUGCCAUAACGAGGAGAUGUCCUGUUGCUACCCAACAUGGUGUGUCUAAACCAAGGCUCCUGAAAAUUGGGUACAAACUGGAUAGAACACAAUUGUGUCCUGUUUACAUUUCAGGCGUUGGAAGGAAAUGGAAGAUAGAUGGUGAGAUACUGAAUUCUCUGAGAUGUUAUCUCUCUGCUUCAGCUGCAUCCCAAUUAGUACCCUAUUCUAUUCCCUAUAUAGUGGAAUAGGGGCCCUGGUCCCUUUAGUACCCUAUUCUGUUCCCUUUAUAGUGGAACAGGGGCCCUGGUCCCUUUAGUACCCUAUUAUGUUCCCUAUAUAGUGGAAUAGGGGCCCUGGUCCCUUUAGUACCCUAUUCUAUUCCCUUUAUAGUGGAAUAGGGGCCCUGGUCCCUUUAGUACCCUAUUCUAUUCCCUAUAUAGUGGAAUAGGGGCCCUGGUCCCUUUAGUACCCUAUUCUAUUCCCUAUAUAGUGGAAUAGGGGCCCUGGUCCCUUUAGUACCCCAUUCUAUUCCCUAUAUAGUGGAAUAGGGGCCCUGGUCCCUUUAGUACCCUAUUAUGUUCCCUUUAUAGUGGAAUAGGGGCCCUGGUCCCUUUAGUACCCUAUUCUAUUCCCUUUAUAGUGGAAUAGGGUCCCUGGUCCCUUUAGUACCCCAUUCUAUUCCCUUUAUAGUGGAAUAGGGGCCCUGGUCCCUUUAGUACCCUAUUAUAUUCCCUAUAUAGGGGAAUAGGGUCCCUGGUCCCUUUAGUACCCUAUUAUAUUCCCUAUAUAGUGGAAUAGGGGCCCUGGUCCCUUUAGUACCCCAUUCUAUUCCCUAUAUGGUGGACUAGGGGCCCUGGUCCCUUUAGUACCCUAUUAUGUUCCCUUUAUAGUGGAAUAGGGGCCCUGGUCCCUUUAGUACCCCAUUCUAUUCCCUUUAUAGUGGAAUAGGGGCCCUGGUCCCUUUAGUACCCCAUUCUAUUCCCUUUAUAGUGGAAUAGGGGCCCUGGUCCCUUUAGUACCCUAUUCUAUUCCCUAUAUAGUGGAAUAGGGGCCCUGGUCCCUUUAGUACCCUAUUCUAUUCCCUGUAUAGUGGAAUAGGGGCCCUGGUCCCUCUAGUACCCUAUUCUAUUCCCUUUAUAGUGGAAUAGGGGCCCUGGUCCCUUUAGUACCCUAUUCUAUUCCCUGUAUAGUGGAAUAGGGGCCCUGGUCCCUUUAGUACCCUAUUAUAUUCCCUAUAUAGUGGAAUAGGGGCCCUGGUCCCUUUAGUACCCUAUUAUAUUCCCUAUAUAGUGGAAUAGGGGCCCUGGUCCCUUUAGUACCCUAUUCUAUUCCCUAUAUAGUGGAAUAGGGGCCCUGGUCCCUUUAGUACCCUAUUAUGUUCCCUAUAUAGUGGAAUAGGGGCCCUGGUCCCUUUAGUACCCUAUUCUAUUCCCUAUAUAGUGGAAUAGGGGCCCUGGUCCCUUUAGUACCCUAUUAUAUUCCCUAUAUAGUGGAAUAGGGGCCCUGGUCCCUUUAGUACCCCAUUAUAUUCCCUAUAUAGUGGAAUAGGGGCCCUGGUCCCUUUAGUACCCUAUUAUAUUCCCUAUAUAGUGGAAUAGGGGCCCUGGUCCCUUUAGUACCCCAUUCUAUUCCCUUUAUAGUGGAAUAGGGUCCCUGGUCCCUUUAGUACCCCAUUCUAUUCCCUAUAUAGUGGAAUAGGGGCCCUGGUCCCUUUAGUACCCUAUUCUAUUCCCUAUAUAGUGGAAUAGGGGCCCUGGUCUCAAUGGGCCCUGGUCUCUAGGGGCCCUGGUCUCUAGAGGCCCUGGUAAAAGAUAAUGCUCUAUAUAGAGAAUAAGGUGACGUUUGAGACUCAGGCCCUAGUCUCCUCUCCUUCAUCAGAUGUAAACAUAUAUUCCCCAGGAUUUAGCUCAGCAGGCUAAUACGGUCUUGUGUUAGCAGAGGUAGUUUGGUGAACUGUUCUCACAUGAGGAGACUUCCCCAAACCAACCGCAAAGAAGAGGUGAGCAAGCUAGUGUGGCAGGCAGAGUAAUAUCUUUCUUUAAAGGGUUUAGCUCAGUGGAAUGAUAUGGAUCACACCAUCUGAUGAGUCUGGGUUUUCAGCCCAGUGCAGAUGACAGAGAAGAGACAAGGUGGGAAAACCACUUCCUUCAGACAUGCAUAUGUGCCAUUCAAAGUAAAUGUGUGCAUGGUUUGUCAGGGUUGGGGUCAAUUCAGAAAGUAGGACUAAACCAAAUUCCAAUUCCAGAUGUUCCUCAUUGACAAGCAUUGAAGGUAUUGGAAUUGGAAAUUCAGCGCAUUUGAAUUGACUGGAAUUUAAAUGGGAUUGACCCCAACCAUGGUGUGUGUGUGUCUACCCCCCCCCCCCCCCCCCCCCCCCCUCUCUCUCUCUCUCUCUCUCCUCUCUCUCUCUCUCUCUCUCUCUCUCUCUCUCUCUCUCUCUCUGUCCUACCUAGGUAAAGGACGUGGUGGGUUACGAUGCUCUGGGCCACUGUUUCUUCACUGAGGACGGUCCUGAGGAGAGGAACACGUUUGACCACUGCCUGGGGCUGAUGAUCAGAGCUGGUACCCUGCUGCCCUCCGACAGGGACAGCAAGAUGUGUCGCGAUAUCACACAGGGAGCCUUCCCCGGAUAUGUGGCCAACCCACGACAAGACUGCAGGUAGAGGAGAUAUAUAAAUCAAUAGAAGUGUCCCCUAGGUACAGAUCUAGGAUCAGUUUCCGCUCACACAAUCCUAACCUUAACCAUUAGUGGGGAAGAUGCAAAACUGAUCCAAGAUCAGCGUCUAGGGCUAACUUCACCUCUACACAUAUAGAUACACACACGUGUGAGAGUGUGUAAGAUGGAUACAUACAGACAUAGCCAUAGGUAGAUACAUGUACACACACACACCUCUUUGGCAUGUCCGUAUAAAAUGAGUGUCCUCUGAACUGAUAUUGCUGUCACCUUGGUAACCUGCUAUGUCUGGUGUUAGAGAGACAGAGUAUGUUUAAUGCAUAAGAGACACGCUCAAUCAGAAGAUACAUCACUGGAAUAAGACUGAGCUUUACCUUAUCUUACCUUAAAUCACACACACACACACACACACACACACACACACACACACACACACACACACACACACACACACACACACACACACACACACACACAGCUUAUAACCUGGCUGUCUCAUUCUCUACACAUGUUCUCCAUUCCCUUUUCAAGUUGUGAUUCUAAGGCUAGAAGUUUGGCUAAAAGUCUGGGUCCCACAUUAAUUAGAGUAUUCAAAUCUGAGCUUUCUCUAGUUGUCGGUUACUAGGGCUGCAUCCCAAAUGGCAUCCUAUUCCCUACACAGUGCACUACUUUUGACCAUGGUCCUAUGGGCCCUGCAGGGUCAAAAGUAGUGCACUAUGUAGUGAAUAGGGUGCCAUUUGGGAUGAAGUCCAGGAAUUUGCCUUACAUUACAAUUCAUAGAAACAAUUGAAAAGCUAGACACGUCACUGAUAAGCAGACAGGUGGAGACAUUGAUACUGCAAAGCCAUGAGAGAAGGUCACGUUAGAGUAUGUGUACCUUGCCUCUCCUCUCCAUUCCUCUCCCCUCCUCUCUCCACCUCUCCCCACCUCUCCCCUCCUCUCCCCUCUUCUCCCCUCCUUUCCCCUCCUCUUUCUCCUCUCCCCACCCCUCCCCUAUUCUCACCCUCCUCUCCCCACCUCGCCCCUCCUCUCGCCUCCUCUCCUCUCCCCACCCCUCCCCACUUCUCCCCUCCUCUCCAUUCCUCUCCCCUCCCCUCCCUGCCUCCUCUCCCCUCCCCUCCUCUCCUCUCCCCUCCUCUCCCGUCCUCUCCCCUCAUCUCCUCCCCCAUCCUCUCCUCUCCCCUCCUCUCCUCUCCCAUCCUCUCCUCUCUAAGUAUUUAUUUGUUGUAGUGGGGAAAUGUCAUUAAAAAUAUAUAUAUAUCUUCCAUUUUUAUUGAGAAAUAAUUGCUUUCUGUUCAGUUCAUACAAUACUAUGUAUUGUUUAAAAAAGUAUAUAUUACAGUGUCUGUAAUGAAAAAUAAAACAUAUUUAUCUUCCAAAGCCUGUAGCUGUUGGAAUGAAAACAUGUUGCUCACCUCUCUACACUACAAAGCAACACAAUAUUGAUUACUAGAAUAUCAGGCUGGAGAAGUUAAUGCUUGAUCCCUUAAUAAUAUGUUUUCAAUAUUGCUGACAAAUUUAAGAUCAAUCUGAUGUAAAGUGAAGCCAGUAAAAAUAAAUUGCAAUAGAGUCAAGAUCAACAAAUGACUCUUAGUACAAUCAACUGGAACUGGUUCACUCAUAGACUGUAAAAAACUGGUGGCCUAUUUGUAUAGAUCAUGUCAUGUAGCACUAGGCUCUGCUAACGUUAACUACAUUCACUGUCAAUGCACAAUAUUUGUUCAACAGUUGUAAAAGGACUAUUAGAAAAUCUAUAAGAACAGCAGUUAAACUGUACACGUGUACCACCACUUCAUCCAUGCUUAAUAACAUCAACAAUGGGUUAUCGUUUUGUAAGAUAUCUAGCAUGCAUUGACAUUUACAUGUGUUGCUAUGGUUACACCGUACCAAAAGCUGAGCAGUUUGUCUCACAAAAUAGACCAGAAAGUACAUUUUCUACUAAUAAUUUCAAUACUUACAGAUGAAAUGUCUUCCCACAUCCCUUUAAUUGGUUUUGGCUGCAUACAUAUGUUGCACAUCGUGGCAUUGAUGACAAGUUGGGUAUAAGGUGGCUUCAAAGGCUCUUAUUGGCCAAGACACAGCGUCAGCUAUCCAGGGUUUAUAUACGCUAUUGAAUGUCACCCACCUAGAAUUAUGAGGUGACAGAAUUACUUUUCCUCAGUAAAGUUUUGCAGAUUCCCCUCUUCCCCCACAUCUCCUCCCCCCUCUCUCUCUUUCUAUCUAUCCUCUUCCCCCACAUCUCCUCCCCCCUCUCUCUCUUUCUAUCUAUCCUCUUCCCCCACAUCUCCUCCCCCUCUCUCUCUUUCUAUCUUUCCUCUUCCCCCACAUCUCCUCCCCCCUCUCUCUCUUUCUAUCUAUCCUCUUCCCCCACUUCUUCUCUCUACUCUCUCACCCCUCUCCCCACCUUACUCCCCUAUUCUUGCUCUACUGUAUUCACCCUCUCCUGCCAUCUCUCCUCUCCCCUCUCUCUAUCGCCAGACUCCUCCUCUCCUCUCUUCUCCCUUCUCAUAGCACAUAAUGAGUAUUAAAUUAAAAUGCUGAGAGGAAUAAAGCAACAAACAACUAGAGAAUAUCUACUAAAACAGAUAUGUGAGACUAGGGCUGUUACGUUGACCCUAUGUGUUGAUGAACUAUGGACUUGACUACUUCAUUUAUAGACGUCUGCCCUUUGGGUCCAACCCUCUGUGUGUGUGUGUGUGUGUGUGUGUGUGUGUGAGUUUGUGCAUUAGCACAGAUUUGUGUGCCUCGUAAAGAAUAAGAGUUCCACACAGAUGUUUAAAUUACAGAGUAAUAUAUGCAUUCACUGCACUUCUCACAGUAAUAUAUGCAUUCACUACACACACACACACGCACGCACGCACACACACACGCACACACACACACACACUCAGAUGAACAUUUUAAAAGGCACAUAACACCUGCACUUAACGCACCACCCCACCCGGAGCCUCUGUGCAUCAAAUUGUUUUUCACUUCCAUUCAUUCUCCCUGGCAUCUAGAGGAUUACAUUCACAUUCAAGUACAUGCAAGGUGUGUGUGUGUGUGUGUGUGUGUGUGUGUGUGUGUGUGUGUUGUGUGUGUGUGUGUGUGUGUGUGUGUGUGUGUGUGUGUGUGUUGUGUGUGUUGUGUGUGGUGUGUGUGUGUGUGUGGUGUUGUGUGUGUGUGUGUGUGUGUGUGCACGUGCGUAUAUUAGCUGAGAAGGCUGUACUUUCCCAAUCUGGCGUGACCCUGAAGCAGUAGCCGUGAGACGGUGCGAUAUUCGGAGGAUGGGGUUGUCACGGGGGCUGGCGGCAUGCCGCGCGAGAAGGCAUGAGGGUAGACAGCGAAGCAUCGACGCGAGGCAGUGACUGUGCUGGCGGCGCGCGCUGGCUUGCGCGCAGCGAGGCUGGCGGUGCGAUCGGGCUGGCGAGGUUGAGCGCGCGGCAUGGCGGUGCGCGCUGGCGCUGGCGUUGCCGCGCGCGUGCGUGCGCGCGCGCGUGCUCUGGCGUGGCGCUGCGCUUGCGCUGGCGUGCGCGCGCGCGCUGGCGGUGCGCGCGCCUGGCGGUGCGCGCGCGGGCUGGCGUGUGCGCGCUGCUGGCGGUGCGCGCGCGCGGCUGGCGGUGCCUGGCUCGCGGCGCGCGCGGUGCGGCGCGCGCUGGCGGCGCGCGCGCGGCUGUGCGCUCCGCGCUGGCGGGCUGCGCGCUGGCGCGCGGCUGGUGCGGUGCGCGCGCGCGCUGGCGGUGCGCGCGGGCUGGCGGGCUCGCGCGCGGCGGCGCGGGCUGGCUGGCGCGAGCGCGCGGCGGAGGGCGCGUGGCUGGCGUGCGGCGGAGGGUGGCGCGCUUGCGGCGCGCGCUGGCGGGCGGCGCCGGGCUGUGCGCGCGGCGCGCGCGGCGGUGCGCGCCCGCGGGCUGCGCUGGUGGGCGGCGCGCCGCGGGCUGGCUGGGGGCGCUGGGAGCGCGCGCGGAUGUGGGGCGCGCGGGGAUGGAUGGAGGGAGGAGCGCGGCGUGACGCGUGGAUGAUGGAGGAGGCGAGGUAUUUGGAGUGGAGACCGCCUUUGCGAGUGAGGAGCAGAGCGCGAGAGCUGAUGCGCUGGCGGCGCAGAGUAGACUUGUUGGAUGUGAUUGCUAACCAGCGUGAGUCAAUUCUACACUGCUGUGACAAUUCUCACUCAUUACCCAAAGCUGCUUAUCCACCCCCGCACACAGGAAUACACACACACACACACACACACACACACACCACACACACACACACACACACAGAGAGAGAGAGGCAGAUAGCUGAAAUGACUUUUUCAAUAUGUACUGUACAUGUUAGAGCAGCAAAAGGAGGAGUAAUCACACACACUAAUAAACACACUGCAUGGACGCACACAACCACACACACACACCUAAUGGACGCACACAACCACACACACACACACCUAAUGGACGCACACAACCACACACACACACCUAAUGGACGCACACACAGACGGUGUGUUUUGUGUACUCUGCUGUGCAUAUUCCCCUGUCCGCUGACAGGCAGCUAACAUAUUGCCCUGUCCGCUGACAGGCAGCUAACAUAUUCCCCUGUCCGCUGACAGACAGCUAACAUAUUGCCCUGUCCGCUGACAGGCAGCUAACAUAUUCCCCUGUCCGCUGACAGACAGGGAACAUAUUACCCUGUCCCCUGACAGAAAGCUAACAUAUUGCCCUGUCCGCUGACAGGCAGCUAACAUAUUACCCUGUCCGCUGACAGACAGCUAACAUAUUCCCCUGUCCGCUGACAGACAGCUAAUAUAUUCCCCUGUCCGCUGACAGACAGCUAACAUAUUCCCCUGUCCGCUGACAGACAGGUAACAUAUUACCCUGUCCCCUGACAGAAAGCUAACAUAUUGCCCUGUCCGCUGACAGGAAGCUAACAUAUUCCCCUGUCCCCUGACAGACAGCUAACAUAUUCCCCUGUCCGCUGACAGACAGCUAAUAUAUUCCCCUGUCCGCUGACAGACAGCUAACAUAUUCCCCUGUCCGCUGACAGACAGGUAACAUAUUACCCUGUCCGCUGACAGACAGCUAACAUAUUACCCUGUCCGCUGACAGACAGCUAACAUAUUACCCUGUCCCCUGACAGAAAGCUAACAUAUUGCCCUGUCCGCUGACAGACAGCUAACAUAUUCCCCUGUCCGCUGACAGACAGCUAAUAUAUUCCCCUGUCCGCUGACAGACAGCUAACAUAUUACCCUGUCCCCUGACAGAAAGCUAACAUAUUGCCCUGUCCGCUGACAGACAGCUAACAUAUUCCCCUGUCCGCUGACAGACAGCUAACACAUUCCCCUGUCCGCUGACAGACAGGUAACAUAUUACCCUGUCCCCUGACAGACAGCUAACAUAUUGCCCUGUCCGAUGACAGACAGCUAACAUAUUCCCCUGUCCCCUGACAGACAGCUAACAUAUUGCCCUGUCCGCUGACAGACAGCUAAUAUAUUCCCCUGUCCCCUGACAGACAGCUAAUAUAUUCCCCUGUCCGCUGACAGACAGCUAACAUAUUCCCCUGUCCCCUGACAGACAGCUAACAUAUUACCCUGUCCGCUGACAGAAAGCUAACAUAUUGCCCUGUCCGCUGACAGACAGCUAACAUAUUACCCUGUCCGCUGACAGACAGCUAACAUAUUGCCCUGUCCGCUGACAGACAGCUAACAUAUUACCCUGUCCGCUGAUAGACAGCUAACAUAUUGCCCUGUCUGCUAACAGACCGCUAACAUUGUCCAUGGUAUUGGGUUCUGCUUCAAACCACAUGGAACUAUGCAUCUCUUAAUUAAUUGAUCCCUAUACUGUAUAUACACACAUACACACACACCCACCCACACACACACACACUCACACACACACACACACCAACCCCCAUUCCCAGUGAUCAUGAAUGCCAAACGUCAGUAUCUGUUGUCAGUGUGUGAUGUCUAGCUGCCAUAACAUUAGUGUGUUUGUGCCUCCAGGUGUUCUUGGGGAAUAUGUGUGUCAUGUCCUAUAUGUGAACAGUUAUAGGAGACAGCCAUAGUGUACAGUACAUAGUGUAGCCACAUAUAGUGUACACUGCCACUGUCAUAUAAUAGUUCCUUUCAGUCUUUAUGAAUUGGUACAUUCAAUUAGUGUUUCUAUAUUUUUAUUGAUACCAGUUAAAAACCGCAAGCUCUCACGGUCUCACUGCAGAAUUCCACGUUCAUUCCCGUUCUCCAAAUGUCAAAUGUUGAAGUUGCUCCAAACGUCAGAUUUCAAAGUGUUUUUAUUGGUCCUGCUGCUCAGUAUCGUUCCAUUUCUCCAAAUGUAUUUUUCUUUUAAAGGAAAUUCCUGACGUCUGGUUAAAAAGCAACAGCGCUAGAAGUAUACAUACAAGAAAUUGUGAAUCUGCAACAAACUGGAAAACCCAAUUUGUCAUCGUCUGACAGUUUAGACCUUCGCAAAUGCAUGAUUCUUCAGUAAUGUGAAUUUUCACUGAACAAAAUCAGACAGCAUAUCCCAAUCCUAAAAGCUCAACUUAAAGCUUUUCAUUAAUCAGUUACAGUAUUCACUUUAUUUCUAUGGUGUCUUUCACUCCAUUUCGCACUCUAUCCUUCGUGUAUUUUGAAAUACCCCAAGCUCAACAAAUUUCAUCACCGCCUCUCUCUCUCUCUCUCUCUCUCUCUCUCUCUCUCUCAAUUCAAUUUUCAAUUUAAGGGCUUUGUUGGCAUGGGAAACGUAUGUUAACAUUGCCAAAGCAAGUGAAGUAGAUAGUAAACAAAAGUGAAAUAAACAAUAAAUAUUAACAGUAAACAUUACACUCAGAAGUUCCAAAAGAAUAAAGACAUUUCAAAUGUCAUAUUAUGUAUAUAUACAGUGUUGUAACAAUGUGCAAAUAGUUAAAGUACAAAUGGGUAAAAAAAUAAACAUAAAUAUGGGUUGUAUUUACAAUGGUGUUUGUUCUUCACUGGUUGCCCUUUUCUUGUGGCAACAGGUCACAAAUCUUGCUGCUGUGAUGGCACACUGUGGUUUUUCACCCAAAGAUAAGGGAGUUUAUCAAAAUUGGGUUUGUUUUCGAAUUCUUUGUGGAUCUCUGUAAUCUGAGGGAAAUAUGUGUCUCUAAUAUGGUCAUACAUUUGGCAGGAGGUUAGGAAGUACAGCUCAGUUUCCACCUCAUUUUGUGGGCAGUGUGCACAUAGCCUGUCUUCUCUUGAGAGCCAGGUCUGCCUACGGCGGCCUUUCUCAAUAGCUGUACAUAGUCUGUACAUAGUCAAAGCUUUCCUUAAGUUUGGGUCAGUCACAGUGGUCAGGUAUUCUGCCACUGUGUACUCUCUGUUUAGAGCCAAAUAGCAUUCUAGUUUGCUCUGUUUUUUUUCAACAUGUCAAGUAAUUCUCUUUUUGUUUUCUCAUGAUUUGGUUGGGUCUAAUUGUGUUGUUGUUGUCUUUCUUUCUCUUUUUCUCUCUUUCUUUACCUCUCUCUCUCUCUCUCUCUCUCCCUCCUCUCCUCGUCCUCUCUCUCCGUCCUCUCUCCUCUCUCGUCUCUCUCUCUCUCUCUCUCUCUCUCGCCUGUCCCUCGUUUUCUGUGGUGUUGAUUAUAGAGUAGACCGUGAUUAUGGCUAGUAGAGACCUUGAUUACCGACUACCUGAUUUGCUUUCAUGUUUUUGAAAGGCAGUGACGACCCUUUGUUAAUGGUGUGGGUCUGUCUGUCUGUCUGUCUGUCUGUCUGUCUGUCUGUCUGUCUGUCUGUCUGUCUGUCUGUCUGUCUCUGUGUGUGACAGAGCAUGACAGGUGCUGCCUGAAGCAAGGAGUAGGACACUGGGAUAAUCAACAACUCUUGUUUUCUCUCCCUACUCUCUCUCACGUUCUCUCUCUCUUUCCCUCCCUCUGUCUUUCUUUGUCUCUUCCAGUGCUACGUCCACCUUUUGGAUUGCCAACCCCAAUAACAACCUCAUCAACUGUGCAGCAGCAGGCUCAGAGGUAAGUCUCUCUCUCUCCCAUUCUCCCUCGCUUGCUUUCUCUCUCUCUCUCUCUCUCGCUUUCUCUCUCUCUCUCUCUCUCUCUCCCUCGCUCUUUCUAUCUGUACGUGUCUUCAGGUGUAUAAUAUGUAUGUAGGCCUCAUUACCCCAAUGUCCAGUCUAAUGAAUGACUGUAUAGUAAUAUGGUAUGUAUAGUAUGGUGUGUGUGUGUGUGUGUGUUAAUGCUUGCAUGUGUUUGUUGUUAACAUACUGUGUGUGUGUGUGUGUCCUUCAAGGAGACAGGUUUCUGGUUCCUCUUCCACCAUGUGCCUACGGGAGCCUCUGAGGGCAUGUACUCUCCUGGCCGCACCGAACACACACCUAUGGGCCAGUUCACCAACAAUAGGGCCCACUCCAACUACAGGGUAAGAGUUUAUGUAUGUGUGUGUGUCCCUUGUUAGUGAUGUGUGUGUUAUAUAUUUGAUGUAUUUAUUUUUUCAGUUUUAAAAACAGAUAAUAACAGCAAAUAUAUAAUAGAAUAAGGGAAGUCAUAUUAACCAACCAGAUAUGAGCUAACUGCUCUCCAAUGUGUGUGUGUGUGUUAACCCAGUGUGUGAAGGUUAAUUCAUGGUUUGGAGCUGCAGAGCAGCGAUCAUUACAUGUUAACGAGCAUCUUUUAAUUGGCUUUUACACUAAGUGGCAAGGACUGAUGUCAUAACGGACUGCAAACUGUUACGCCUCUGAGGAGAGAGAGAGAGAGAGAGGGAGGAUAGAGAAGAGAGAGAGGGAUAGGGGAGAGGGCGACGAUCGUUUGCAGGAGAGGGAGAUAGAUGGGGGAUAGGGAGAAGAGCGAGAGAUGGCGCGGCUGGAGGAGCUAUGGAUAGCUCUCAUCUAUAGAGAGGCUCUACUUUUUCUCUUGUACAUUUCUUUCUCUCUCUAUCUUCGAUCUCUUGUUUAUUUUUGUGUUUUUGUUUUUGUUUUUAUUUUUGGUUUUUUUUGUUACUUUUUUUUUGUUUUUCUUUUUUUUUCGUCGCUCGCUCUCUUCCUUUCUCUUUCUCAGCCUCCGCUCUCUCUCUCUCUCUCUCUCGUCUCUCUUCUUCUCUCUCUUCUCUCUCGCUCUCUCUCUCUCUCUCUCUCUCUCUCUCUCUCUCUCUCUCUCUCCUCUCUCUCUCUCUUCUCCCGCUCUCUCUCUUCUUCCUCUCUUCUCGCCUCUCGCUCUCGCUCGCUCUCUCUCUCUCUCUCGAGGAUGCGAACCGGGACUCGUUCCUAUAUUCCUCUUCUUUCAUCAUUUGCAUAACUCACUCGCUAUGUGUCUGUUUAUUCGGCCUUGUGGUUCUGUUGCUAGCGGCGCCUCUCUCUGUAAUGUUCACACCCUUCUCUCUAUCUCUUUCUCUCCACCCUUUCUCUCUCUCUCUCUCUCUCUCUCUCUCUCUCUCUCGUCGUCGGUCCCUCUCUACCCCCGUCUGCCUGUCUCCUACCCGCUCUCGCCUUGUCGUUUUACCUCUGCUUGUCCCUCCUAUCUCUCUACCCCUUCUCCUCCCUCUUUCCUUACACUCUCCCAGCCUGUUUCACUCUCUCUUUCUCUCUGUAAUUAUCUGGCAGCAUCUCUCGCUCUCUUUCUCUGCGUAAUAUUCUCUCUCUUUUUCUCUCUCGCUCUCGCUCUCGCUCUCGCUCUCGCUCUCACUCUCUGUUCCUAGCAGGGUGUCUUAAUAGAAAUAUAACUAAUGUCAAGCUGUUACCACAGCUAGUGAUAGAACUAGAUAUACCAGGGACACACAGUCACACACACACACCAGCUUGUACACAAAGACACAGUCACACACACACCAGCUUGUACACAAAGACACAGAUGUACACAGACCAGCUUGUACACAAAGACACAGUCACACACACACCAGCUUGUGCAAACAUACACACACACACACACACACACACACACACACACACAAACAAACAAACACAAACAUAAAAAACAUGAGAAACACUCCGUUGCUGUAUAAAUUUGAUAGAUUUAUUGGCAGGACUAUCAAACAAUAGGCUUAAGUUUCUGAUGAAGUUGAUUCAUGCCAAAACUAUUGUUUGUUAGUCCCUCAAUAAAUCUAUCAGAUUUCUGCAGCAACAGAGUGCUCCUUUU